CACUGACCAACCCACUCUUUCCGUCACUCCUGAUAUGUGCAGAAAUAGCAUUGCUUCAUAGCUGCCAGAUUUAAAAGUCAACUCUCUCUCUCUGACCAAGGUCAGUCACCAGAGACGAGCUGGAUCUGAGAACAGGACUUUACGUGGACUGGUGGGACUCAACUGUCAGUACUACUGGGCUAGAAAUUUACCAAACCCUGCGGCUUUCCAACGCGACCAACCACCGCACCUUGACUUAUUAUAUUCUAUCUCCCAUCCACGAUGAACGUGGCACCUUGUUCUCGCUGUGGUUUUGGAGUAUAUCCUGCUGAGAAGAUAAACUGUAUAGACCAGGUCAGUGAAAAUAAAACCAAAUUCAAUUUUACCAAAUCCUGUAAAAAUAAGUGCAAGUAAGGCAUUUUUCUGGUACUGGAAUAGUCGCAAAAUGACAUAGGAAUAAACGAUUUGUUUUUUAAUGUGCUGGUUGAUCAACGAACUGGGUAAAAUAGAAGUCUAAUUGUUUGUCUUGUUAUUUUUCUGUAACAUUUUAUUGUGUAGUGAGGAUACAUACAGAAUAACACAAAUACACAUUUUAAAAAUAAUGAGGAACCAAACAAUACGAUAUCUGUAAAUAAAAUCAGCAAUUAAAACCCAGAUAGUCAGCCUGUGUGAUGGUGGUGAGAGUAAAGUGAUUGUAUUCUGAGACCAGAGUAAAAAUCUUGUUGGAUCCAGUAUCGGUUACAGAUCUAGAGAGAGAAAGCUAUAAGUGAACUGACUCUCCAACAAACACUCUGGGAGCUGUGCCUGAGGGAUUAGAGCUGAUCGUCUGAUGAGUAAAUAUAGAAUAUUUCCAGUAUUUUAACCCCUUAAGAACCAAACUUCUGGAAUAAACGGGAAUCAUGACAUGUCACACAUGUCAUGUGUCCUUAAGGGGUUAAAGGGGCUCGAAUGUUAGUGUUGUGGCCCCUUAGAGAUCCUAAAGUUUGCAUAAAUCUAAGGAUCACUGAAGACAACAUUGCGUCCAUUAUUAUCCUUCAAUGGCAUGGACUGGUGGUUCUUUGGAGCUUCAUGAACGUCAUCUUUAGCUUCUCUUUUUCGAACGUAAAAGAACGUAAUUUGGCCAUUGUUCGGUGCCUCAGUUGGAGUCUUGGAAGAUUGUGGAACUCGGAAGCUGAGAUCGAGGGUUUGGGUAGAAGGCAGAUAUAGUGAGGGAGACCCUCUAUAGAAAUAUUCUUUGGAAUGCCUCUGGAUCUUAAAUUCCCCAAAUGCUGCUACCAGCCAGAAGGUACACAAGGGCUAGGGGCUGUGCCCGUCAUAUCUGCAGCUGGUAGAAUCUUGGCCGAGUGGUUUGUUCUUCAUUGCUGCAAUGCUGCCAGUUGUUGUCACCACUUCCUCUCAGCCUUCAAGAGGUUGACCAGUUCCUUGAUAUCUGCUUAGAUGGAAGAAAUUAUUUUGUCAUUGGAGAUAAAAGUCCAGUUAAAUGGAUUCACUGUGAAUGAAUGUACAAGGAAGUAUGAACAUACAGAAUGUGAAAAAGAUUGAGCAUAAAAUAAUGUAAAGGAUACAAAUAUGUUUACGUGUAAUUCUAAAUGUGUCUUCAUCACCUUUUUGCAUUUUGUUACUACAUACGAAACCAGUAGGAGUGGGUUUUUUGCCCGGAACGCAUUCUUCGCCAUUUCUGCUAUUCUAAUAUUUGAAUGUUUCCAAAUGAGGAUGGAAUAGAUCGUAAAGGAACUCAAGUCAUUCGAAGACUUCUUGGACUUUAUUUUAUUGUAUUCUACUUCAUUUUAUUUUACAUAUUGUAUAAUAUCUACUUUUUGCUCCCUUUUAUACUAAGUAAUUUGUUGUAUUAGUCUUUUCUAUUUUGGCGGCGGAACCUGUUUUUUGGGGCGUAGGUGGGUCCCCAGUUUCAGAGUUUGUCCCCUUGGUCUGCCUGCUCUAUCACUUCCAGUGGUUGACCUUUGUUUUACUAGUAACGAGAAACAUGGAGGAGUAAUGUUCAUUGUGGACGCUUGUCUCAUUGGUUGAUUUUUUUUAGGGAUCUUCCAGGCAUAACGAUUACUAAUAUUUUCAAAGUAGACGUUUUGUGGUUUUAUUUGAAUUAAUACAAUACUUCAUUAAAAUCAGAACAUAUGUUAUUUUAAUUGUAAAUGUCCUGUUACAUGUACUGUUUUAUAUGUAUCACUAAGGCAAUUAAAUUACAGUUUUUUUAUCCACUGGAUAUUCUAUCUAAUGUCUAUGUUUAGUUAAAAUGUUAGUUAUAAUUGUUUAAAGGAACAGUAUAGCAUUAGACAGACAAACAGAGAGAUUUGCUUUCCUUUCGUCCCUCGCUGCAGUCAUGCCCUUCCUCCCGGGCAGAGUUCUUUAAUUGUGAUGAUCUUAUCCAAUCAAAUGCUUUCCAAUAACGGAAAUACUAAGAAACUUGUAUGCACGCAUUGCAAAUCACUGUGCUGCUCCAAUCAGCAUCUCUACAAGGGAACAUUCAGUAUCUCCUUGCAGAAUGUUGGUUUGAUACGGGAGGGCUUGCAAAGGCUGCAAACAAGAGAUCUGCAGCUUUUGCAAGUUGAUUCUAGAUAUAGCCCCAAUGAUUUCAAACAUAUAUAUAUAUACAGUUAAAUGAAUGUGUAUUUUCAUUGGGGGUAUAUGUGCCAAACCGUUGGGUGUCAAUUCAAGCUGUAGUGGGUCUAGAAUCGAUAGUGUCCAUUGAGCUUCUCUUCUUUGCUGAUGUUGGCAUGUGUAACUUGACAGAACCCUGAGUAACAAACCUGUUCAUACAGAAAUAGAAGUUAGACGCAAGGUAACUUCUGGCAGCAAAAUCACACGUUUUCACAUUAUUUAAGGUCUUGUUUUUAAGAAUGGAAAUACGUUUUUAGACAUAGCUGGAGGAUUAAAGAAUGAGUUGGGGAACUGCAAUCUAUACAUUCAAUAAAUAUUUUCUAUCUUUGAUAUUGGUACAAUGUGCUUAUUAGAACUGGAAUUGUCAGUUUCACAGACGAAUCACGAAAUUAAAAAAGCAAACAAUAGACAAAACUAUUUCAUUUGUUUUAUUCUAUCCGUGGCACCAAAAAUACGAAAAUUGCUAUAAAAAUAGAGAUGGUUAAUAUAAAAAUAUGAUUGAUUAAUAUAAAAAUAGAGAUGAUUUAUGAAAAAAAAACAUGAUUAGGGGACAGUCACUAAAUAUAUUGAUAGAUCAAGUGAGAAGCAGUCAAUAGUGAGAAAGGAGGAGGAGUCAUAAAAUAAACCUGUGGUUAUAUAAAAUAUACUCUAUGUUUAAUAAAUAUAUCAUCUAUAAAUAAAAAAUGUUUGUUUCUUCCUUUUUUUCCUCUGUUGGUUACGUUUUAUCACUUGAUCUGUGAACCACAAGGAGCGAAAACAUCUGUGUGUAUUGCAAGAUAUAUACAUAAUAUUUAUAUUAGUAUUGUUUAUAUUUAUAUUAUUAAUAUGGAUAUUAGUAUUAUUUAUGUUAGUAUUAUUAAUAUUGUGCAGUGCACUAAUUGGCCAUUUUCAUUUAUCUGAAUAGUUUUCCCUGAAACUAUUAUGUCCAAACUUGAACUUGUCCAAACCAAACUCGACAGGGAAGAAUCCAGAAUUGACGGAAACAAUAAUUAUUUUUUCUUCAGACUAAUUGAAUCUAACUAAUCCAUGUUUUCCGCUGUACACUGUUUAUUUAUGUAGCGGAAGGCUGUGUGGCUGGAGUUGUGGGAGGGGUUAUCAACUCCCCACCCCACUUACCGCUGGGCGUUUUGCGUUCUUAUGUAUCAACACUGAACACAUUUGUACAUAUUUCUAAAUUCAUGAAACUGGACCAGUCUACACUGUGGUCACUGUAGCAGAGGAUCUUGGUUAAUGUAGUUUAUAAAUGCCCUUAUGGACAGGUUAAGCCUUCACUGUGGGUAUCCUCCAAUCAAUAUACAGUUAGGUCCGUAAAUAUUUAGACACUGACACACAUUUUGUUAUUUUGGCUGUUUACCAAAAUACAUUCAAGAUGUUAAUGAAUAUAGGCUUAAAUUUCAGUCUCACAGCUUUAAUUUGAGAGUAUUUACAUCCGAAUUGGAGGAAGGGUUUAGGAAUUACAGCUCUUUAAUAUAUAGUCAAUAUGUAACCCCCUCGUUUUAAAGAGACCAAAAGUAAUUGGACAAUUGUGCUGUUUCAUGGAUAGGUGUUGGCUAUUCCUUCAUUGUUUAUUCAUCAAUGAAGCAGGUAUACGGUCAGAGUUAAUCCCAGGUGUGGUAAUCAUUUGGAAGCUGUUGCUUUGAUCCCACAACAUGCGGUUUAAAGUAGCUCUCAAUAAAGGUAAAACAGGCCAUUCUUAGGCUGCAAAAAAAAAAAGAAGAAAAUAAAAAUCCAUCAUAGAGUUAGCAGGAACAUUACUGGUGGCCAAAUCAACAAUUUGGUACAUUCUGAGAUAAAAAGCACUGGGGAGCUCUGCAAUUCAAAAAGGCCUGGACGUCCACUGAAGUCCACGGAAGACAACAGUGGUAGAUAAUCGUAGGAUCCUUUUCAUGCUAAGAAAAACCCCUUCCAAACAUCCAGCCAAGUGAAGAACACUCUCCAGGAGGUAGGUUUAUCAUUAUCCAAGUCUACCAUAAAGAUAGUACCUCAUGAGAGCAAACACAGAGGGUUCACCACAAGGUGCAAACCAUUCAUAAGCCUCAAAAAUAGAAAGGCCAUAUCAGACUUUGCCAAAAAACAUUAGAAGAAACUAAAAUCAAGCUGAACCAGAAUGAUGAAAGAAAAAAUGAUGGAGAAGGCUUGGAAUGGCUCAUGAUCUGAAUCAUAUCAUGGCCCAAGACAUGCUGGACCCAGGAGUAUUUAAAGGCAAAUAAGUGGAAUAUUCGUUAAUUGCCGCGUCAAUCACCUGAUCUGAACAUGAUCGAGCAUGCAUUUCACUUGCUGAAGACAAAACAUAAUGCAGAAAGACCCACGAACAAGCAACAACUAAAGACAGCUGCAGUAAAGGUCAAAGCAUCACAAAGGAGGAAACCCAGCGUUUGGUGAUGGCAAUGCGUUCCAGACCUCCAACAGUCACUGUCUGCAAAGGUUUCUCGACAAAGUAUUAAAAAUUAACAUUUUAUUUAUGUUUGUGUUAAUUUGUCCAAUUCCAUUUGAGCACCUUAAAUAAAGGACCACUAUAGUGCCAGGAAAACAUACUCAUUUUCCUGACACUAUAGUGCCCUGGGGGUGCCCCCACCCUCAGGGCCCCCCUCCCGCCUGGCUCUAGGGGGUGGAAGGGGUUAAAUUUGCCUCUUUUUCCAGCACCGGGCGGGGGACUCUCCUCCUCCUCCUUGUCGUCGUCAUCGGCUGAAUGCGCAUUCUCAUUGCUUUCCUAUGGACGCUGGCGUCUUCUCACUGUGAUAUUCACAAUGAGAAGUGCGGAAGCGCCUCUAGCGGCUGUCAAUGAGACAGCCACUAGAGGCUGGAUUAACCCUAUUAUAAACAUAGCAGUUUCUCUGAAACUGCUAUGUUUACAGCAGGCAGGGUGAACCCUAGCUAGACCUGGCACCCAGACCACUUCAUUAAGCUGAAGUGGUCUGGGUGCCUAUAGUGGUCCUUUAAGGGAACUGUGACGGAACGCUGGCGCUCCGACUGAGUACCUCCGCCAAUCGAUGCUCCUAGUGCUCGCUGAGGACUCCAAGCACUCCAACCGACACCAUCAGCACUGCAGACCCCACUUCCAGCGAUGCAACUGCGCCGGGGUCUCUGCUGUUUCCACCCACCCUGGACCCAAGGCCAGGAUCCAGCUUCCAGUGGGUGAACCUCUCUUUCCCCAGAGAGCAGGAACAGGAACAAAUCAAGCUAUUGCAAGAGCUUCCUCUGGGGAGUAAGUGAUUAUAGCAAUCCCCAGAGUGUAGGUAUCCCUUCCCCCAAACAUGAGCCAAGGCUUAAUGCUGGAACAAGACUAAUUUACUGGCACACAGAACUCACAAUUUAUGCAACACAAAACUCCUCCUCUGGGCCAGGCUAGAUAAUUGAGUUUCUACAAUACACAAAGCUCAAUUAUCUGCUGGCCAGAAAUUAUACAGUUUCAUAAAACACACAGGGACCCCAAAACAUGCAAUAACCCCAUAAAAGUAUAUCCUUGGAACCGGGGGAUCUGGGUGAACCACAUAUCCAAAAUUCACCCAGAUCCGUUCAGUACUUUGGAAAAUACAGUUUAAUGCAGAUUCUGCAGAACAUAUACAGGCUAAAUGAAAAACAAUCACUUUAUAAUGUGUCCCCUGCUGUAUAGUCCAAAACCACUGCACGAUGUCUCUGUGCACCAAAUACUGGCAAGAUGGCACCGUGUUGAAAAGUCCAAACAGUGUCUGUGAGUUAAAAUGGCCGCCAUCCAUUGCUCACCAUGUGCAUCCAUUGUUCUCACCAUGUGCUUCUGAUACAGGAAAUGGUGGCCACCCAGUAACUCCACAGUAUGUCCCCAGAUGGUUCUUAAAGGGCCAGCAGCAGCACAACACAAAUCCAUUAUGCCCAAAUCAUGUCUUUAAAGGGGAAUACAUCCCAGGGGCCAUAGUCACAGGGCAAGAGGCGGGCAAGCAGUCCUCUCCAGGCACAAGUGGCGAAGGGCACUUCGUCACAGGAACUAUGGCUGCAAUUCCUAUAAAAUUAAAAAGUAUUUCAUGCAAUAUUUUUGUUCAACCCCUUGGGUUAAAGCUCUAAGUUUGCACUUGAAUUGCAUCCUGGUUGCUACAUUUCAAAUCCAUUGUUGCGGCUUACAAAGUCAAAAUUAUGAAAAUGGUGUCAGUGUACAAAGAUGUCCGAACCUAACUCUACCUCCUAUAAAUCCACACAUAGUCUGCAAACAUACAGAGGUUUUUUUUGUCGAUUAUUUCCACACUGUUCCAAUGCUGAAUUUGAUGCUGAUUUUACACAAGACAAUGAAUAAAUCUGCCCUGAUUCAGUCAGAAUAAACAUUUUCUACCAGAUUUGGUUUUAGUAAAUAUGAGAAUUGCAAAUUUGGUCAGUAUCCGUAUUUUUUUUUUUUAACUGAAUCCACUCACUGCAGACGAUGUUUACUAAAAAUAACCUUGUUAGCAUUGUGUUCUGCGUGAUGCUUGUGAGUGGAGCAUUACAAUCUACAUUCCGAGCUAACGUGUAUUGCGGAAGCCAUCUUGUGGUAGGAGCAAGUGAAUCUAAUUUAGUAUAUCUUCUUUACCAUUACCUUUGCUGCGCUUUUUACGAGCACAAUGAAAAUAUUUCAAACAUAAAAAGAAUAUCGCAUAGUUUGCAGAUAAACGUUCCACUAUAUAGUAAUAAAAUAACAAUAAUACAGUGAUUUGUUUUUCCGCAUAACAGCACAAAACAGAGCAUAAAGUGUCAAUCAAACACAACGUUCCCUCUAAUGUUUUCCCAUUCCAGAAUUUUGUGCACUGAAUGAUUGGGCGAAUGUAAAUCUGACAUUGAUUCUCGAUAAUAAUUCCUGAUAUUAUUUUUAAACCUUUGCCCCUCUAAUUUAAGACUAUGUCCUCUUGUUGUGGUAGUUUUUCUUCUUUUAAAUAUAGUCUCCUCCUUUACUGUGUUGAUUCCCUUUAUGUAUUUAAAUGUUUCUAUCAUAUCCCCCCUGUCUCGUCUUUCCUCCAAGCUAUUCAUGUUAAGAUCCUUUAUCAAGGAAAAAGCUUCUUUAAUUCUGAACAAAUGUGUUUAAAAUAUUAAAACACUAAACCAAAUAAACAAAGAACAAGUAGCAUAUAUAAAAGCCAAAAGUCAGUGUGUAAACUUGCAGAGGUUGCAGCCAAAUCCCAUAGAGGAGUCUUUUCGCCCUUGUUUAUAGGGAUACCAGAUCAAACGUUUUUUGGGAACCGUAUAGAUAUCCAAAAUAAAACAAAGAAGAAAGCCAAUAUGUAUACAGGGAGUGCAGAAUUAUUAGGCAAAUGAGUAUUUUGACCACAUCAUCCUCUUUAUGCAUGUUGUCUUACUCCAAGCUGUAUAGGCUCGAAAGCCUACUACCAAUUAAGCAUAUUAGGGGAUGUGCAUCUCUGUAAUGAGAAGGGGUGUGGUCUAAUGACAUCAACACCCUAUAUCAGGUGUGCAUAAUUAUUAGGCAACUUCCUUUCCUUUGGCAAAAUGGGUCAAAAGAAGGACUUGACAGGCUCAGAAAAGUCAAAAAUAGUGAGAUAUCUUGCAGAGGGAUGCAGCACUCUUAAAAUUGCAAAGCUUCUGAAGCGUGAUCAUCGAACAAUCAAGCGUUUCAUUCAAAAUAGUCAACAGGGUCGCAAGAAGCGUGUGGAAAAACCAAGGCGCAAAAUAACUGCCCAUGAACUGAGAAAAGUCAAGCGUGCAGCUGCCACGAUGCCACUUGCCACCAGUUUGACAUAUUUCAGAGCUGCAACAUCACUGGAGUGCCCAAAAGCACAAGGUGUGCAAUACUCAGAGACAUGGCCAAGGUAAGAAAGGCUGAAAGACGACCACCACUGAACAAGACACACAAGCUGAAACGUCAAGACUGGGCCAAGAAAUAUCUCAAGACUGAUUUUUCUAAGGUUUUAUGGACUGAUGAAAUGAGAGUGAGUCUUGAUGGGCCAGAUGGAUGGGCCGUGGCUGGAUUGGUAAAGGGCAGAGAGCUCCAGUCCGACUCAGACGCCAGCAAGGUGGAGGUGGAGUACUGGUUUGGGCUGGUAUCAUCAAAGAUGAGCUUGUGGGGCCUUUUCGGGUUGAGGAUGGAGUCAAGCUCAACUCCCAGUCCUACUGCCAGUUCCUGGAAGACACCUUCUUCAAGCAGUGGUACAGGAAGAAGUCUGCAUCCUUCAAGAAAAACAUGAUUUUCAUGCAGGACAAUGCUCCAUCACACGCGUCCAAGUACUCCACAGCGUGGCUGGCAAGAAAGGGUAUAAAAGAAGAAAAUCUAAUGACAUGGCCUCCUUGUUCACCUGAUCUGAACCCCAUUGAGAACCUGUGGUCCAUCAUCAAAUGUGAGAUUUACAAGGAGGGAAAACAGUACACCUCUCUGAACAGUGUCUGGGAGGCUGUGGUUGCUGCUGCACGCAAUGUUGAUGGUGAACAGAUCAAAACACUGACAGAAUCCAUGGAUGGCAGGCUUUUGAGUGUCCUUGCAAAGAAAGGUGGCUAUAUUGGUCACUGAUUUGUUUUUGUUUUGUUUUUGAAUGUCAGAAAUGUAUAUUUGUGAAUGUUGAGAUGUUAUAUUGGUUUCACUGGUAAUAAUAAAUAAUUGAAAUGGGUAUAUAUUUGUUUUUGUUAAGUUGCCUAAUAAUUAUGCACAGUAAUAGUCACCUGCACACACAGAUAUCCCCCUAACAUAGCUAUAACUAAAAACAAACUAAAAACUACUUCCAAAAAUAUUCAGCUUUGAUAUUAAUGAGUUUUUUGGGUUCAUUGAGAACAUGGUUGUUGUUCAAUAAUAAAAUUAAUCCUCAAAAAUACAACUUGCCUAAUAAUUCUGCACUCCCUGUAAGUGCAAUAUGUUCCAAUAUUUUGUGGUACUUUUUAAGUGCAAGUCUUAUAUGUUCCUACUCACGUUUUAUAGAGCUAAGACCAGCUCUAGUAUGAUGAGCGUACAGUGGUAGAAUCCCCACUUGUAGAAUACUCGUAGUAGUGUAGUGCAAUUUUCACAGCGGUAUAGGCACCAUGAUCCCAAAAAUGACCAAAAAUUACAACAAUAGUGCUCAUUGUGCACUCUAAACCAGGAGUAAUAAAUUUAAAUACAUGUACUCACAUUUAAUUGAGCAGACACACCGCUCAAUGAAUAAGGCGUGAGUGGUAUAAUCCCCACCUAGAAUUAUUUUGUGAGAUCCUCUUUGGAGUCAUGAACAGGAUGCCAGCCAAAAAUAAAAAAGCAAUAGAAAAGGAAAAUGGCACAAUCACAGUAUAAAAGUAGCAAACAAAUCCACAGCAUGUUUCACCACAUAGGGCUUUAUCAAGUGGGAACCAUAGAAAGCAAUAUGGAGCCACUGGGCAGACAAGGGAACACACAAUUAACAUUUUACCAGAAACUAUUUCCAGCUUGUUGCCUAUAAACUUCGCCAUAAUGUUUCAACCCCACCUUCACCACACUAAAUGGCAAUUAUUCCAUAAAACACAGCCAAAUGAUAAUAUUGGUAGCUUGUUGACUGUAUUUGGGCAAGCAUGUUCAUUCUCCAACUUGGGCAGAAACAGUGCAUAAAGUGCAAUAAAUGGUGAUAUACGCAUAAUAGAUGCAUCUUACACAUACAUCAUAUUCAGCUGAAACAAUUAUAACAAACAUUAUAUGGAGAGGAGGAGAGAUCUCUUGUCACCAUAGAAUUUACCUAAUAAAUGGUGAUACAUUCAUGCCACUUAAACACAAAAAUGAAUCUUGAUAAGAUGGGAAAUGUCCAAAGCAUGCAGGAGAAACAAACAAGUCAAUUCGGCAGACACCAAUAGAAUGUAUUAUUUGGAGAAAUGCCACCCAUAGAUUUUUCAAGAGGAACUCUUUGCCAAAUAAAUGGUGGUUUAUACAUUAAUGCAUCUUAAACACACAGAUUCACACUCUCAAUGAUAAACACACAAUCUCAUUGAUUUGAAACACACACACUGACAUACACAUUCACUGACAGAAAUACAUAUUGACAGGCAACUUCACUGACAGAAACAUGCACUGACAGACACAUUCACUGACAGAAACACAUAAUGACAGACACCUUUAUUGACAUACACACUUACUGACAAACACACUGGCAGACAGAUUCACAGACAGAAACAUACACUGACAGAAACACAUAUUGACAGACAACUUCACUGACAGAAACAUACACUGACAGACACACACUCACUGACUGAUACACACUGACAGACAGAAACACUGACUGACAAACACACUCACACACUCUCAAUGACACACAGUUUCACUGAUUUGAGACACAUACACUGACAGACACAUUCACUGAAAGAAACACACAUUGAUAGACACAUUGAUACAGCGCUGCAGGAUAUGUUGGCGCUUUAUAAAUAAUAAUAGACACAUUCACAGGCAGACACACAUUUACUGACUGACAUGCAAUGACAGAUACACUUACUGACAAACACACUGGCAUACACACUUUCAAUUACAGACACACAAUCUCACUGAUUUGAAACACUCACUGACAGACACACUUACUGUAAUCCCCCCCAUUGUGCCCCUCAUAAAGAUGUGGUGGCUUUGGCGGUGGUUGAAAACUGUAAAAAAAUAAUACUUUUUGAAAUAAAACAUUUUUUUAUAAACAUAUUGAAAAACUGUGUGUGCUACACAUUUGUCUGUGUGUGCUCCCUCAAAAAUGUGUGUGAGCACUCAUGUGCGCACAGUAGGAACAGUGAUCAAGCACAAUACCCACUGCAGUCCACAGACCAUCUCAGCCAAUUAAUUUUGUGCAAAGUUGGGCAGAACUGUUUUUGCUAAUGGGGGUCCACUUUAGUGAUAUUUGAAUAGGGAGCUGGACAUUGGGCAGCUAGAGGAUCCAGAUAAAUGUCAAACCAUUUGAAAAUGUGGUAGUGGUUAUGGUCUAUAGAAAACACCUUUUAUUAAUAUAAAACUAAUAAAAUAAAAUAAAAAUUUUGUUUUAACAUUUUACUCUUUGAAGCAAGAAGAGAUAACCAUAAAAAUUGUCAAAUUUAAACAGUCCUGAUAUUUUUAAAUUAACCAUAAAAUGGGAUAUCAAGUAAAAUGUAACAAACUAUUUGAAAAACAUAUCAUAGACACUGAGGACAAACCUGAGGAUUUUUCCCUUAAGUUACAGACACGAGAAGUGAGAGGGGAUCAUUGGGUCCGAGGUUUCACAGACAAACAAUGUCUCUUACUAAUAAUGCUGUAACUAUGGUGUUUAAUUUUCCAUGUAACUAAAUGGAUCCUAUCUCCCUGCUUUAGAUAUGGCACAAGGCUUGCUUCCACUGCGAAAUUUGCAAGAUGAUCCUCACAGUCAAUAACUUUGUGAGCUUCCAGAAGAGGCCGUACUGCCAGGCGUAAGUAUUAAUGCAAGGUGUUCCAGGUGAUGGGUUCAUUGAAAUGUUCCCUAUUUGAUGUGGUGCCUUUCUGGGGAUUGAAACUGGAGAAAACCUCAGCUUUUAUCCCUAGUUUUGGGUAAAAAAAGAUUUUCUGCCAUAAUAUUCUCAUUAAUUGUGGCCAAUCGAGAUAUUCACCUUAUUCCCAAGAAAUAUCUCUCCUUAUUGCCAAUAAUGUUUCUGAAACUUCGCUAGGGUCAGUUGAUUUAUUGGGGAAAAACAGAGGCUUGCAUGCAUAGACCGUCUACAAGACGAUCUCAGAUUAAAAAGAUAGCUGGACCAAUGAGAGCGUGAUGUGGUAUUUAGUGACCACGAUAGCUACUAUCUUGGAAGGGUGAAUCAUUAUAAGAGACCUUCAUUCAUUUUCCAUUGUCAGCAUUAACGAGCCCCUUAAAGAAGUAGGAUGCUUGGACUGGCCGACAAGGAAAAUUUGUUUCAAGUUAAAUCACCAUACGAAAUCUAUCUUGUGGUGUCUCUCCGGACCUCCGAAUGGUUAUCUCAAUACUCAGAGUGCACGGAGCAAUGAGGCUAAUGUCAUUAAACCAAAUCAUGAUUAUGAUUUAAUAAAAUUAAAUAAUUUCUAUGAUCAAUAGUUAGUUUCCUAGAUUUAAAAGUAAUAUUUAAAAGUCUGGCACACAAAUUCUGAGUGAGUAAGAUAAAUGAUUUCCUAAUUUAAGACAUUAGGCAGGCUGCGGCAGGUCACUAGAGCCUAACUCUCUGCUGCUGCUCAGUGCGUCGGAAUGUUGCCAUGGUAACCUUUAGCAAUGCUCUGAAUCAGGCAGAAGCGCCAGGUUGUGAUAGAGAGGUGCGAAUACAUGCGCCGGUUAUUCUUCAGCAGGUACUCCAGAUCAGAAAUGGUACCAUUUGGUUCUGGCAGUCUCACAUGGCAUGCGGAGGCACCUGGCAUGCUAUCGAUUUCCCACCCUGCAAUUGAAAGUCUUAGUUACUGUUUGUCGCUAUAAUCUGGAUUUAUGAUUUGAUCAAAACAUUAUGGAUAAAUGUAAUCAAAGUCCUGCGCUAUUUUUUUAAUCUUGAAGGCCAGUAGCUAAAAUGGUGGUAACGCAUCAUUAAAUCUGCAGGGUCCAAGCAGCUGACCUUGUAGAUAUUUCUCUAGCCACUCAGAGAACCCAAUGAAGCCACCAGGAGACCUUGUGCAAGUUACCAAUGGUUUCAGCAGAACUCGGUACCCACCAGCUGUCCUUAGACUAUGAAAGAAGUGCCUUGUAAUGAAUCAUUUACUAUCAUUUUCUUUACUUUGUAGACACAACCCAAAGAACAACGUAUUUACCAGUGUGUACGAGACACCAGUAAAUAUUCAUGUCAAGAAACAGACACAAGCGCUCAGUGAGGUAAGUUCUUUUACUGUGCACACAGUCUCUCUGUUAUGAAGGUAGGUACCAGGAUUAAUUAAUGGGAAGGCAAUUACCAUCACUGAUUAAUAAGAAGGUAAUUAUCAGGUGUAAUUAAUGGGGAGGCAAUUAUCCAGACUAAUUAAUUGGAAGGAAAUUACCAUCACAAAUUAAUGGUAAGGUAAUUAUCAAGACUAAUUAAUGGGAAGGCAGUUAUUAGGACUAAUUAAUGGGAAGGCAGUUAUUAGGACCAAUUAAUGGGAAGGCAGUUAUUAGGACUAAUUAAUGGGAAGGCAGUUAUUAGGACCAAUUAAUGGGAAGGCAGUUAUUAGGACCAAUUAAUGGGAAGGUAGUUAUUAGGACUAAUUAAUGGGAAGGUGGUUAUCAUGAAUAAUUAAUGAGAAAGCAAUUAUUAGGACUAAUUAAUGAACAUAGUUAUUAGGACUAAUUAAUAAGAACAUAGUUAUUAGGACUAAUUAAUGAGAAGGUAUAGGGGGAGUAGGCUCGCCACAAGCUUAUAAAAAUGUAUCAUUUAUUUAUUAUUCAUUUCUUUCUUUUACUGAAUGGGUGGUGACAGUGCAGACUGAGCGUCAUGAGAAUGUCAUUCCAGAGCAGCCAGAAUGCCAUUGGUUGCCCAUUCCAGAGCUGUCGGCUGUUCCGGUAUCCCAUCCGGUUCUUUAGACAGCUGAAAUGUUGCCCUUUAGACCAUAAGCUUAGACAUAAUAAAAUAACUGAGUUUAAACAACAUCCCAGCCCUCGAGCCCCCAAUCUGGGGAACAACCGUGUUCCAGUACAUUCUGGAUAUUAGCACGCAUUCUAUUUCUGUUUCAUGGCUGCGGACCUUGUUAUUUGGAGACAUGAGACUCGAUGCCUCUGAAACAGAUUAUCUUCCUCUCUGACUAUUGCACCUGUUACUUCCAUCAGCUGUCAGACACAUAGUUACACAACAUCUCCUCUGUACCCGAUAAACAUGUCACCGUUUUAUACAAUAUGGAACAUAUACCCUGAAACAAGACCGCUUCUCCCCCUCCAUGGGGUGCAGGGGUUAGUGUUAUUUAAAUAAGGCCCUGGAGGUGCCCUGAAUCCUAGGCCAUAAAGGGCAACCAGAAGGGCCAUUUAAGUUUAAUCACAUAAUCCAUUAAACCAAUAGUAAGGGGUCUGUAAAUCUCAAGCUCUCCUCCUUCUCCCCCCAAUAUGAUCCCAUCUACCCCCUCACACUAAUUGAUAGGGGGGGGGGGGUUCCCGUUAAUCAAAAAUGAAAUUUAAUAAACUGUAAAAAUAAUUUAUUCUAAGGAAUUGAUAGAGAUUUCCUUUUAUUCAUGUCUUUCUUAUACAAACUGCAUUAUACUCUGACAUGACUUAUUAAAUCAAAAAUACUAAAUAAUUGCACAAAGCCAAUGGAAGUAAUUACAUUUUUUUGGAAAAAAGUGUUUUUAAUCUUCGCCCACCAGCCUUAGUGGAUGGAGUGUCCUCGCAGGCCAGCGCAGUGUCUAAGGUGCCCAGGAACAUGUACAGUGAUUUCCAAAUUAAAAAUCCUGUACAUGUGCAAUAUUAUCUAUUGGUUACUAUGGAAACACAACCCUUUACUAACUGAAACGGCAGCAAAGUUAUAGCCGUUAGUAAAUAGCUUAACUUGUGCCACUCAGUUUUAGCUAAGCAUAGUCUAUCACAUUUUGAGUAAAACUAUAGCUGAUUUGGGGAAUUUUUGCAAUUCAGCUAAUUUAAUCUGAAUUUCCUACCAAUUGCACUUUAUUGAAUAAGCUCGUUUGAUUUCAAUCCGACAUGUCUUUACAGAUCAAGUAUCGAGAAGAGGGGGAAAGGUUCAAAUCAGUUUUUAAUUGGGAAAUGAAGCCCAGAGAGAUCGAGCAUGACAGCAAAGUAGAAAAAAUCCUCAGCCAGGUAAUUUUCUUCACUGUCUGCCACUAGCUGCCACAAAUUACUAAAAACUAACUUCCACUAACUGCCACAAAUUACUACAAAUGGCCACAAACUAACUUCCACUAGCUGCCACAAAUUACUAAAAACUAACUUCCACUAACUGCCACAAAUUACUAAAAACUAACUUCCAUUAGCUGCCAGGAAUUAUGUAAUGUUCCCCUUUUAGUAAUAUCCUAUUAUUUUAUUAAACGCAUGUAAUAAUUCCCAUUUAAUAAAGCCAUUCUAUUUUCCUACAGAUACAAUCUAUUUUGUAUGUUUAUACCCACGCAGCUUGCCAUGUUUAUGUUAUAUUGCCCACCGCAUUUCACUGCCUAAAGGUUGUGUGUCUUUGUAGAAAGCUUUCGAAGAUGUCAAAUCUUGGUACUCUCAGACGGACCGAGAAUUGGUACAAGUGUCUCAGACUGAAAAGUCCCUCAGUGAUGUAAGAACUUCAAUAUGUUUAUAUUGUUUUUAUUUCAAAUCACACUUUUAUUUUUCCUCGUCUUUGUUAGAUUUGCUAUUCUAGAACCUUCCCAAAGCGAAUCUCAUUCCCAUGAGUCCCGGCGGUGACGGCACAAUGUUAACAUGUUGUGUGUGUUUUGCUUGUAUCGUCUUUUAGAUGAAAUACACCGAAGAAUAUGAAGAGCAGAUAAGGAAAGGCAGCUUCCCUGCUAUGAUCACACCUGCUUACCAAACCGCAAGAAAAGCCAAUAACCUGGCAAGCACGGUAAGUUAUUCGCACACAUGGCGUGGGACGACAAAUUCGCACAGAGAACUCGACAAAGGACUUCAUCACUUAGACUGCUGAAAAAUCACUAAACUUAUUUUAUUUCUUUAAUUGAAGCAAACGUUUAUUUAUCUGAAAUCCAGACCUUUAUUUUGGUUUCAUUAGAUAAAGUCCUUGGUUCUAUCCAUUAGACUGGGGAUCCAUUCCUCCAUGGUAAAGGUAGCUCAGUGAUAGUCAGACAUUUUAAUAUAAUAAUUAUUCAAAUAUAUUCUAAAAAAGAAACAGGUUUGAGUUUAUCCUUCAGGCACUCGGAUAAUCUCUAGUCCGGACAUACAGAGGCAUCAAUACUGGCUUUGUUACAUAAUUUCCGUUAGUACAAAAACUUCUUACUGAAAAAGGGCAAUAUAAUAGGAUACCAUCUUUAUUAUUAUUCUGCAUUUAAUUUAACAACCUGUUAUGUGACCUGUGUCCUAAUAGGUGGGGUACAAGCGAGGACACGAGGAGCGCCUCUCACAAUAUACCAGCGUUGUGGACACUAAAGAUAUUUUACACGCCAAGGCAGGAGCGCAGCUUCACAGUGAUGUAAGUAGGAAAAUGAUGUCAUACUAUACGCGCAAUCUGUUUACCAGGGGUCCCAAGCACCCCUCGUAUCUGUUUCCUAGUUUAUUGAACCCACAGAUUACCACGGUCUCGAAAUAACAUUACCAAACAACAGCGAUAAUCAUUACUUAAUAUAAGGAAACAUUAUUUAACAAUUUCAAUAAAGUUACCAAGUCGAGGAAUACAUUUACUUCACAAUUGAGCAAAAAUGAUAUUCCAGGUAUCAACUACACUUUCUAUAUCGCUGUUAGCCUUUACUGCUCCCACUGGAAGGCUAUUCCAGGUAUCUACUACCCUUUCUAUACCACUGUUACUGCUUCCACUGGAAGGCUAUUCCAGGUAUCUACUACCCUUUCUAUAUCACUGUUACUGCUCCCACUGGAAGGCUAUUCCAGGUAUCUACUACCCUUUCUAUAUCACUGUUACUGCUCCCACUGGAAGGCUAUUCCAGGUAUCUACUAUCCUUUCUAUAUCACUGUUACUGCUCCCACUGGAAGGCUAUUCCAGAUAUCUACCACCCUUUUUAUAUCACUGUUACUGCUCCCACUGGAAGGCUAUUUCAGGUAUCUACCACCCUCUCUACAUAACUGUUACUGCUCCCAGGCUAUUCCAGGUAUCUACUACCCUUUCUAUAUCACUGUUACUGCUCCCACUGGAAGGCUAUUCCAGGUAUCUACUACCCUUUCUAUAUCACUGUUACUGCUCCCACUGGAAGGCUAUUCCAGGUAUCUACUACCCUUUCUAUAUCACUGUUACUGCUCCCACUGGAAGGCUAUUCCAGGUAUCUACUACCCUUUCUAUAUCACUGUUACUGCUCCCACUGGAAGGCUAUUCCAGGUAUCUACUACCCUUUCUAUAUCACUGUUACUGCUCCUACUGGAAGGCUAUUCCAGGUAUCUACUACCCUUUCUAUAUCACUGUUACUGCUCCCACUGGAAGGCUAUUCCAGGUAUCUACUACCCUUUCUAUAUCACUGUUACUGCUCCCACUGGAAGGAUUCCAGGUAUCUACUACCCUUUCUAUAUCACUGUUGCUCCCACUGGAAGGCUAUUCCAGGUAUCUACUAUCCUUUCUAUAUCACUGUUACUGCUCCCACUGGAAGGCUAUUCCAGGUAUCUACUACCCUUUCUAUAUCACUGUUACUGCUCCCACUGGAAGGCUAUUCCAGGUAUCUACUACCCUUUCUAUAUCACUGUUACUGCUCCCACUGGAAGGCUAUUCCAGGUAUCUACUACCCUUUCUAUAUCACUGUUACUGCUCCCACUGGAAGGCUAUUCCAGGUAUCUACUACCCUUUCUAUAUCACUGCUACUGCUCCCACUGGAAAGCUAUUCCGGGUAUCUACUACCCUUUCUAUAUCACUGUUACUGCUCCCACUGGAAGGCUAUUCCAGGUAUCUACUACCCUUUCUAUAUCACUGUUACUGCUCCCACUGGAAGGCUAUUCCAGGUAUCUACUACCCUUUCUAUAUCACUGUUACUGCUCCCACUGGAAGGCUAUUCUGGGUAUCUACUACCCUUUCUAUAUCACUGUUACUGCUCCCACUGGAAGGCUAUUCCAGAUAUCUACUACCCUUUUUAUAUCACUGUUACUGCUCCCACUGGAAGGCUAUUCCAGGUAUCUACUACCCUUUCUAUAUCACUGUUACUGCUCCCACUGGAAGGCUAUUCCAGGUAUCUACUACCCUUUCUAUAUCACUGUUACUGCUCCCACUGGAAGGCUAUUCCAGGUAUCUACUACCCUUUCUAUAUCACUGUUACUGCUCCCACUGGAAGGCUAUUCCAGGUAUCUACUACCCUUUCUAUAUGACUGCUACUGCUCCCACUGGAAAGCUAUUCCGGGCAUCUACUACUUUUCUGUCAAGUAGUAUUUCCUGUCCUGGCGCCCUCUAUCUUCAAUCCAUGUACAAUGAAGUGUCUCCUUGCCACAUUGAGUCCUGUGUCAUUGAUACGAUGUAUCGGUUUUAUAGCUGGGAAGCGGGUGAUCGGAUACUUGUUUUGUGAAGGGAUUUGAGGAGCACUGCUUCUAGUAAAUCUCUAUUUCUGGGUGUUUCUAUGCAGCCCGCACUCCGAAUCUUCACACUCACUGAUUAAUGAUCUCCUAAUCCCACUAAUUGUCUCUAUUUUCAGGUGAAAUACACAGAGGAUUAUGAAGAGCAGCGAGGCAAAGGCAGCUUCCCAGCUAUGGUCACCCCGGGCUAUCAAAUCGCUAAGAGGGCUAAUGAGCUGGCUAGCGAUGUAAGUCUAAACUGCCAACAGUGGGCAUAGUCAAAUGUCCUAUACCAAGUUAUUUACUAACGUGACACUUUGCAGAGAAUUCAAAGUGUAUUCAAAGUCAAUUUAAAAAUUAAGGCGAAAAUAGCUGCAUUUGAAAAAUUCUCCAAGUUAUCUGAGCUUCCAGUUCGCCUAAUUUGGUCUAAAAUUUGAAAUCACUUUGAAUUCCUGAUGAUUCUCACUUUAGUGAAUAAUGUAUAAAAUAGCACAUAAUUCACAAGAUACUUUAAACUGGUGCAUGCCAUUAUGUCAUUACAGUUUGGGGUAUGUUGGUGUACCCCAUACUGUAGGCUUGCUCAUACAAUGGUAUGCACUAUAACUCCCACAACACACAGCCAGCUUGCGUCUGACUGACGGACAUCUUAUUGUAGUUGCUGAUCUCCAAGCUGUCAUGCUUAGUACCCCUAAAUACCAGUUCCAUGAACCCCAAUAUAAAUUUGCAUAUCUCCCUCACAUUUAAUUGAAAGUUCCCUGGAGUUUGUGCUGACUGAAGGGGCAGCUGAACUCAACAGCGACCCCCUGGGGCGAGUGAUGUCUCCUACAUCCCCAAUCUUUGGCUGCAGAGUCAGGAACAACAAAAUAACUCUGUCUGGGUCAGUUUCUAAAGGGAGAAUGGACAUGUUUUGUCUCUGGUUCCUGGCACACCAUCAAAGUGUAAAUAUUCAAUUAUUUAAAGGUCCCCUCCAUGCAAACGGUGUGUUUAUUGUAAAAAUAACCUUUUAUCUGAUAACCAGUUAACAUAAAAUUAACAGGGCACUAAAUGUAAACUUUUAAAGAGCAGUGGGAUCCCACCCGUACCUUAUCCCCUCUGUAUUGUAUACAGCAUGGGUCCUCAAACUCCGGCCCCCCAGAUGUUGCUGAACUACAACUCCAAUGAUUCUUUGAAUUACAUAGAUAGCCAAAUAAUCAUGGGAGUUGUAGUUCAGCAACACCUGGGGGGCCGGAGUUUGAGGACCCCUGGUAUACAGGAUAAGACUGGGGAAGGGAAUCACUGAGAGCCUGGGUUAGACCAGUCUGGGUGUUUCCUGGAAUCAUGUUACCAGCGCUCUAACUGUGAUGGCAUUUAAUGUUACUGCUCCUAAAGGGUUAAAAAAGUCACACUGUUACACGGCAUUCUUUUUGUUAAUCAUAUAAUUUAUUGAAACAAGGGAGGAAUCGGCAAUUAAAUACUGAAUAAACCUCUUAUACAUCCUGCAUUCAGCGAGCGUUAAACAAACAAUUAUAUAAAAUGUUCACACUGUGGUAUUGACAGAUUCUGCGAUGUUGGUAUUGAGGCAGAAAUACCGUUUUGUAUGACAAAUAUAUGUAAAACUGUGUCUGUGGUGCCGUGACGUGUAAGUCCAGCUUUUACUAGACACUUUACUACACAAGCCAAUAGCAGCCUACAGACAGGCUCUGUCCCAUAUUAUUAUUAUUAUAUUUAUACGAAUGGGAUCCCUUGUAUACACAGGUCGGGAGUGAAGGUGUUAAUUUGUCAUAGACAGACAAUUAUCUGGUACUAGCAGUAUGGACGGAGCAGGUAGGUGUCUCUUACUGUGCUCCUGGGAAAGUAUUUUAGGCAGUCGCUUAGUGACCUUAUAUAAACUUCGAUCUUGAUUAGCACACAAACGCUGAGUAUAUACAAUAUGGUGGAUCCAAACCGGUUUCUUUUGCUCCGAUCCUAUUUACUAUGCAUCUCUCGUAUGGCCAGGGUCCCCGUUAGUAAGAUUUUUCUGUAAUCCCCCUUCACAUGUUAAAUUGAUUCACACAGAGCGGCGCUUGCAGACAAGUAAUUAUUACAGCGAUAUAAAGAGACGCUCUAUAGGAAUAUGUACACUGACUGUGCUCUGAAGCCAAUUAGCUGAGGAUUGGAAGUGGGUUGCAAGGACACUAUUUAAUUCUAGUUCUGCUAAUAACGAGGGGCAGACUCUGCUUUGUUAUCACCAUUAUUUUUAGCAGGUUGCCUUUAGAGAACAGAGUUUAUCAUGUUGACUCCCAGGGAGAGAGCCGUCUAACAGAUUUCUUACAUUUUUAAUUUUAUAUAUGACGGCAACUAGCCGCGUUUAUCAAGCCUGAAAAGUUUCAAAGAGCUUGUCUAAUUUCCCAGUGCCCUGUGCUCCGCAAUUAAUAGAAUCCCCCAAAUACCUUCCCUUAGGGUACAACAUCUGGCUUGAUAUUAUGUUCCAAACUAACGCGCCAUCAAUGAGACCAACACAACACAGAUUUAUCUGAUACACAUCAUGAAAAUGAAUUCUAAAUGUUUAACUAUUCAGGCACCUGACAGUCAGGCAUUGCUUGUUGUCCUUAGGUACAUGAUAAGUUAAUAAAGAAAUCCACUAUAUGACUUUAAAUGUACACUUUAAAUAAAAAAUACAGCUUAACUCCGAAAACCGUGAUAUAUAUAUAUAUAUAUAAACAAGACAGCAAAGAGGAGUGUGGUGACUACACGAAGGAGUUGAGUAUAAUGCACUAAACGGAGUAAAAAACUAGUUAGAUAAAAAAUAAAAGGUUUAUUCUGUCUAUUAAAAAUGUUACACAUUGUGUCUGGAAGCUGCAUGCCCCCACCAUUUAAUGUGCCAAGAGCCACCGGGCCACUGGCCACAAUAGGUUUACUUACUAUAGAAGCACUGCUUACCUCCUUGCAAUGGCCUACCCUGACACUUGGAAGAAUCUAAAGGAGUUGUUUUGCAAUAUUUAUUUUAAGGUUAAUUAUCUGACUCGCAAAUAAUUUAUUUCUGAGUUAAUCUUCUUGAAAUAGAAUGGGUGGACAAGCAAAUGCAUGCAAUUUGUAUAAAAAUUGCCUCUUUGUAAAAAAAAUUCCAAAAAUCUAUAAAAUGUCAAUAAUACUUUAUUAUUCAAUAUUUCUUAAAAAAAAGAUCAGUUUUAUAUGCACUUUAUAAAAUAUACAAAUCUGGCAUGACAUGUUUUAAGUGUAAAUGAUUGUUCUCAUUAUAUUUCAAAUAUGGAAUGCUGUCAUUUCUUUCGAUAUACUAGGAAUGUUACUCAGCUUAUAAACAAAUUCUUUCACAAAUUAAUUACUGUUCGAUUCAUCCAUUUGUACCAAGUGUCUGAUACUCGAGAGGUGGAAUCACUCAUUGUGCCAAUGAUGUUUCUCCAGGUUAAAUAUCACCGUCAUUACGAGAAGCAGAUAAAGGGGAGAGCGAGCCAGACAGCUGGGACAGAUGUGACACACGUCAAACAGACAGAUCAUUUAAGCCCGGUAUGUAGAGAAGCCGAGGAGGGACUGUGUUGCCAUUUUCAUUAAGCAUCAUGUCCUGUCUGUCAAACUGAGAAAGGUAAUUCCCAUCCUGAUUCUACCUUAACUUUGCAUAAAUCAGAACAAAAAAAAUAGCAAGGAGAAAAAUGCACCUUUGAUAGCAUCUUCUGAAAAAUAAGAACUUGAGGAGAUCAGACCGUUCCCUUUAUUAAUGUUUCUGGGGACAUUUAAUGAUGGUGCACCCAAGUUUAAGUAACACCGGAUCUGUUCUUGACCCAAUAAAACUCAGCUGUUCUAGCCGGUGCCAAGAGUCCCUGGGAGCGCAGAAUUUUAUUACAAUAGCUGGCGAUUUCUACAGCUGCGGAAUCUGUUGGCGCUAGGUGUCACAAUGUCACAGAGCCCAGUCUAGAAUGCCCAGUCUAGGAGUCACAGUGCCCAGUAUAGAAUGCCCAGUCUAGGAGUCACAGUGCCCAGGAAGGAAUGGCCAGUCUAGGUGUCAAAAUGUCACAGCGCCCAGUCUAGAACGCCCAAUCUAGGAGUCACAGUAUCACAGUGCCCAGUCUAGAACGCCCAGUCUAGGAGUCACAGUGUCACAGCGCCCAGUCUAGAAUGGCCAAUCUAGGAGUCACAGUGCCCAGUCUAACAUGCCCAGUCUAGGAGUCACAGUGCCCAGUCUAGAAUGGCCAGUCUAGUUGUCACAAUGUCACAGCGCCCAGUCUAGAACGCCCAAUCUAGGAGUCACAGUGCCUAGUCUAGAAUGCCCAGUCUAGGUGUCACAGUGCCCAGUCUAGAACGCCCAAUCUAGGAGUCACAGUGUCACAGUGUCCAGUCUAGAACACCCAGUCUAGGAGUCACAGAGCCCAGUCUAACAUGCCCAGUCUAGGAGUCACAGUGUCACAGUGCCCAGUCUAGAACGCCCAAUCUAGGAGUCACAGUGUCCAGUCUAACAUGCCCAGUCUAGGAGUCACAGUGUCACAGUGCCCAGUGUAGAAUGGCCAGUCUAGGUGUCACAAUGUCACAGCGCCCAGUCUAGAACGCCCAAUCUAGGAGUCACAAUGUCACAGUCCCCAGUCUAGAAUGCUUAGUCUAGGUGUCACACAAAGCAGCAAAUGAAAUUAAGACAAAACAGGUCUUUUGGGCAUCGAUUGCUCACAUUAAAUAUUCUUUAGAAAGUAAGACGGUGAAAGUAUUAUUUGUUUCUGCAGGAUUACUUAGAGGAAGAGGAAGAGUACCGAGGGAAAGGAAGCUUCCCUGCGCUGAUUACACCUGCGUAUCUUCAUGCAAAAAAAGCCAAUGAAAUAGCAAGUGAUGUAAGUAGACGCUGCCUAAGAAACCCACCAUGUCCAAGCUACAAGAAGAAAUAGAGACAAACAACAUUAAUUUACUUUGUAGCCCUCAGGGUUAUAAAUUAAAUCUUACAGGCUUAUUGGGAAUUCAAAGUGACUUUUAAAUUUAAUUUAGAGGAACUCUAUAGUGUGAGGAUCACAAGCGUCUAUUCCUGAUGCUAUAGUGCUGACGUGUCAGUUUAGUCCUCUGGCCCCCCUCAGAUUGUAGUGAAAAAAAAAAUCGCCAUGCUGGUCUCGACACGGCUUACCUCGCCUCCAGAGCUGAGAUCAUCAGUCUUGAUGAUCUCAGACAAUCCAAUGCUUUCCCAUAGAAAAGCAUUGUGGGGCUAUUGCACUGCACCAAUCAGCAUUUCCUCAUAUAGAUUAAUGAAAUCAAUGCAAAUCUAUUAAGACUAUUCAGAGCCUUCAUGCAGAGGGUGGAGACAUUGAAUGUAGGCAGCACUGGACAUGGAAACACCUCUAGUGGCCGUCUGAGUGACUGCACCUACAGGAGUUACUAGUAGGCAAUGUAAACGCUGCCUUUUCUCUGAGUGAAUGAACAGGUUCUCAGCAUCUCAGAGUGAAUGAACAGAUUCUCAGGGUCUCAGAGCGAAUUAGUAGAUUCUCAGAGUGAAUGGUCAGAUUCUCUGGGUCUCAGUGUGAAUAAACAUAUUCUCAGGAUCACAGAGAGAAUGAGCAGAUUGUCAGCUUCUCAGAGUGAAUUAGCAGCUUCUCAGCUUCUCACAGUGAAUGAGCAGAUUCUCAGCUUCUCAGAAUGAAUGACCAGAUUCCCUGAGUCUCUGAGUAAAUGAGCAGGUUCUCAGAAUCUCUGUGUCAAUGAAUAUAUUAUCUGGGUUUCUUUGUGUGAAUGAUCAGAUUCUCAGGGUCUCUGUGUGAAUAAACAGAUUUACAGGGUCUCAGUCUGAAUGAACAGAUUCUCAGGAUCUCAGUGUGAAUGAGCAGAUUCUCUGGGUGUCUGUGUUAAUGAGCAGAUUCCAGGGUCUCAUUGUGAAUGCCCAGAUUUUCCAGCACGCAGAGUGUGGAUGAAUUUGGGAUAUUUGUAAGGCCCACUCCCUGUUUAUUUUUAACGCCAGGUUUCUGGUGUUAAUGAUCAAUUAAUUAAUAUAACUCUGCUAUUGGAAAGCAGCCAAUUAGCAUCCAGACUGUGGUUGUGAGAAAGGACAGAUGUAUUGAUUGAUAUGAUUUACUUAAUUUAUUUAAUAUGUUGUUUAUAUGAUUUGAGAGUCAGCCAAUAUAGGAAUUUACCGCCCUCCUUCCAGCAGACUUUGUGAUAAUUGUAUCUCCGCGAAGAUCAAGCUUUUAUUAUCAUGUAUUUUAGAUCAAAUAUAAAAAAGAUUUUUCAAAGAUGAAAGGGGCCGCUCAUUACCAUACUCUGGCCACGGAGGACAACAUGACCAUGAAACAAGCCCAGAACGUGAAUAAGCUGGUCAGCGAGGUGAGACGCCAUAAAAUAACCCCAGUGCGAGCUCCCGCUGUGUAUUAAUUGUGGUUAGCUGUAUUGUGACCAAUGACCCCAGAAUCAAAAUGUAUUAAUAUUAAUAUUGUGUAGCCACCCUUCAUGAUGUGCGAUGAUUUCUGCUUUUUACACAUAGAAUGGCAGACAUGCUGACAGUUACAUCAUGUUUUAAUUUCUCUGCUUUUAAGUAUAAUUUUAUAUAUAUAUAUAUAUAUAUAUAUAUAUAUAUAUAUAUAUAUAUAUAUAUAGUAUCAUGAGUAAAAACUAUUAAUUAUAGCGAGGGUCUCCUAAAAGUUUUUGAAUUAUGAAAAGGACUGAAUACAUGUAGACAAAGCCCACUGAGUGUGGAGAACUGGUGGUAAAAAUGUAUUAGGUAUUAAAUAUGAAUUUUUUUAAUCUCAUCAAACGUUAUAAAAAUUAUAUAUAUAUCUUUGACUGUAUCUAACUGUCUUUUUCAGCCAGUCUCAUUGUAUUUGCGUCUCUGUUUUUGUCUGUCAUUUUCAGGAUGUCUUUUUCUCUUUCUCUGUGCCUCUCUUUAUCAGUAUUUGUAUAUCAGGCUGUCCAUCUGCCUUUGUCUUUCUGUCUGUCUGUCUUUCUCUCUCGUUCUGUGUUUGUCUUUCUACCUUUGUCUCUCUGUCUGUGUUUAUAUGUCUGUGUUUGUCUGUCUCUAUGUCUGUUUGUGUGUGUUUGUCUGCCUUCCUUUGCCUGUCUCUCUGUCUGUUUGUCUUUGUCUUUCUGUCUGUGUUUUUCUCUGUCUGUGUUUGUCUUUCUACCUUUGUCUCUGUCUGUGUUUGUCUGUCUCUAUGUCUGUUUGUCUGUCUACCUUUGUCUCUCUGUCUGUUUGUGUUUGUCUGCCUGCCUUUGUCUGUCACUCUGUUUUUUUGUCUGUCUGCUGAGCUGUCCUUGGUAUAACUCAGCUUACCUUGUGUUUAACAGGUGGAGUACAAGAAAGAUUGGGAGCACAGUAAAGGACACAGCAUUAACUACUGUGAAACGCCUCAGUUUAGGAAUGUCAGCAACAUCUCAAAAUUCACUAGUGAUGUAAGUACUGUCCCAAUGCACAACUGAGCCAGCGGUCCUUUCCAUCCCAUCUCGAUGUUUGUCUCCUACCCUUUCUUUUCCUUUAUUUAACCCCUGGCACGGGAACACUGAGUGGAGGAUGUAUGUUUAUUCCUGAUAAGCUCUAAUUAAUGCCCCUUCUCUAUAUAAAACAAAUUUCGCUCCAUUUUGCAGAAUGGCUUAUGGCUGUCCUAAUGGACUGAGCCGCUAUAGUGAUUUACUUUAUCUCGUAUUUGCAUUUCUUAAUUAAUGUUAAGUAGUGGCUCCUAAUCCCGGAGGACUCGUUUUGGGAAGCAUUACAGAGCUAAUCUUCGCUAAUUGACUCAGUACUGAAACCAAGUUAUUUUCUAACUGUUAUAACAAUUUCUCACUUCAGAUAUGUUAUUAUUCUCGCUCUCAUUUUUCGUUUCUGGCGUUCUUUUUACAGCAUUCGAUUGUUAACCAGUCACAACUGUAUAAAUAAUCAUAACAAUGACUUGCGUGUUAAAAACCUGUAAUAAUGAUAGUUUCUUCUUUUAUUUCCUUUUUAAAAAUUUCUUACAAAUAAAUUCUUCCAAAAAUCAAUUCAGGAAAUAGAAUUUCAACACCACGGAAAAUGUCAAAUUAUACUGUGUGCAGAAUGAGCGCGUUUCAAAGAGAUUUACUUUUAUAAAUGUUGCCACUUUAAGAAGUGCGUUAGUAUUGUAACAAAACAUUUUGCGAUAUCAGUCUAUCAUGUCACAUGGCCAGUAAACAGAAUAAAUGAGACAUGGAGGUAACAAUCAUUCUGGAAAUACUUGGGCUUGAUUCGUUUUACUGAUGCAGUUCCAAAUACUCUUUUUUUUUUUUUUUUUUAUGUUUAUUAUUUGAGAGAGGUGAGACAGGAUCUCUCCCUAAUCAAUGGGUCACGUGAUCUGAUUCUGUGAUUCUCAUUCCUUUAUUAUCCCUUACUAACCCUUACGGUGCGCCAAGUACCAUUUAGGGACGCUAUAUGUUUUCCCCACCUUUAUUUAUGGUUAUUUGUGUUCCCAGAAAUAUUAGAAUCUGUACUCCAUGAAAAAAUAAGGAAUUUACUAGCUGAACAUAAAUUAAAAUAUGUCCAUUAGCACCUCGGUUAUUUACUAAAAAAAGAUAUCGAACAUUAAAUACAUUAUGUUAGAGGAAUUUAGGGAAAUUAAAAUGAUAUAUAUAUAAAAUGUAUAGUUAAUGGCUCCUGAUGAGUCAUCACCAGAGCUCAUGAAAUCAUAAUCCCGCUGGUUGGAUACUUUCCAGCAAAAAUGUUACCGUUAUGAGAUCGUUGAGAAAUGACCGUAUGUCUCACUGGUUAAUCAAAGCCCAAAUAAUCACUGUAAAUAAAAUACGUUUUAGUUAAAUUAGUGAUAACUUCAUAAAUAGUUACAUGUGUGCAUAAUGUCCAAUUACAGAAACAUUAAAGACACAUAUGUACUGCAAUGUCCGUGUGGAAGACAAUACGUUAACGGCGCACCUGUCACCUGAUCACAUCAACAAUGGGCCUCGCUGCCAUAACCGUCAUAUCGUCACGCAGUCAUAUUGUACAGCGCUGCGGGAUUUGUUGGUGCUUUAGAAAUAAUAAUAAUGUACUCGUAGGCGCCAAUUUAUAAUUUUUCUGUGUCAGCCUGUGAUAUUGGUCUAACAAUCUCGACAUUGUAGUUAAAAAUAAAAUGGUUUAGAGACGGUUUAAAUAGGUAACAUUUUGUAAAUCCAGAUUAUCACUUGGAGUAAGUGAAAUCUGUAUUGUGAUUUCCUUGAUAUCUGUUUCACGAUAGCGUCUGAAAAUCAGACAGUGUUAUCAAUCGUUUCUCAGCGCUGGAUUGUAACGCAGAUAAUUUCCGUCUUUACAUUUCCUUUGGUUUAUUCCUAAUGUUAAUAUAGGACGUGUCUUUUAAUCCAGGGCCAUUACGGCCCCAUUUCACCUAUUCAGGAAUUUAAAUGAUGAAGAUAAACAGAGUGGAAUUAACUUUAAGCAGAUAUUAACAUCAAUGUGCAAAUGUAUUUGAUUUAGUUUUUUUACUUUUUUAACAAUUCUAUUUCAGUUUAUUUUAUGAUAUGAUUAAAGGGGAAGAUUUAUCGAAAUAUAAACAGGUGAUAUCCAGGGUAAAGUGCUAAAUAAAGGGCAAUCUCCAUGGAAACCAAUAGAAUGCCUCUGGAUAUUUAGCAAUUUUAACAUCGAUAACGUGUGUGCAAACUCUAAUGAAACGUUCUAAGCCGCCCCACGCGUCUGGAAGCACCCCUUUGGACUCCACUUUUUUUUUACAAAUAUUGAAUAGGAAAUAUAAACCCUGUAAUAAUCUUCUCGGGAAUUCAAUGGGAGUUUAAAAGGAGUUUCAAUUUUGUGGUCAAAGCUGAAAAGAAGGGAAUUUAGAGAUUUUUACCAAUCCGGCUACUGUGACAUUUAAAAUCAUUUUGUAUUUAGUGAAUAACUGCGUCAGUUUUCAGACAAUGUGUAAAAAUAGAUGGUGAAACAUAGAAACAUAGAAUGUGACAGCAGAUAAGAACCAUUCAGCCCAUCUAGUCUGCCCAAAUUUCUAAAUACUUUCAUUAGUCCCUGGCCUUAUCUUAUAGUUAGGAUAGCCUUAUGCCUAUCCCACGCAUGCUUAAACUCCUUUACUGUGUUAACCUCUACCACUUUAGCUGACAGGCUAUUCCAUGCAUCCACUACCCUCUCAGUAAAGUAAUACUUCCUGAUAUUAUCUUUAAACCGUUGCCCCUCAAAUUUAAAGGGACACUCCAGGCACCCAGACCACUUCUGCCCAUUGGAGGGGUCUGGGUGCCAACUCCCACUACUCUUAACCCUGCAAGUGUAAUUAUUGCAGUUUUUUAUAAACUGCAAUAAUUACCUUGCAGGGUUAACUCCACCUCUAGUGGCUGUCUGUCAAGCCACUAGAGGGCACUUCCUGGUUUCUAGGACCUCCAGCGUCGCUCAUUUCCCCUUAGGAAAGCAUUGAAAUGCAUUUUCACUGCUUUCCUAUGGGGAGCACUAAUGUGCAUUGCCGCGCAUGCGCAUUAGGUCUCCCCGGCCGGUGGGCGGGAUCAUUCUUGCCCACCGGCCGACGCAAUCAGAGGGAGGACUGGAGCGGAGGAAGAAGCAGCGACGUGGGACAUCGUCGCUGCCUCGGGUAAGUCACUGAAGGGGUUUUCACCCCUUCAGCAACCGGGGAUUGAGGGGUGGGAGGGAGAGGGGACCUGCAGUGCCAGGAAAACAGAAACUCCUGGCACUGGAGUUUCCCUUUAAGACAAUGUUGUGUAGCCCUUCUCUGAACUCUCUCUAAAGUAUCAAUAUCCUUCUGGAGUACAAUACUCCAAGUGAGGUCUCACCAGUGUUCUGUACAAUGGCAUGAGCACUUCCCUCUUUCUACUGCUAAUACCUCUCCCUAUACAACCAAACAUUCUGCUAGCAUUUCCUGCUGCUCUAUUACAUUGUCUGCCUACCUUUAAGUCAUCAGAAAUAAUCACCCCUAAAUCCCUUUCCUCAUAUGUUGGGGUUAGGACUCUAUCAAAUAUUCUGUACUCUGCCCUUGGGUUUUUACGUCCAAGAUGCAUUAUCUUGCACUUAUCCACAUUAAAUGUCAGUUGCCACAAUUCUGACCAUUUUUCUAGUUUACCUAAAUCAUUUGCCAUUUGGCUUAUCCCUCCUGGAACAUCAACCCUGUUACAUAUCUUAGUAUCAUCAGCAAAAAGACAUACCUUACCAUCAAGACCUUCUGCAAUAUCACUAAUAAAAAUAUUAAAGAGAAUGGGUCCGUGACAGUGAUGUCGCAACUGAUAAAAAAAUAGACAGAAAAUGUGACCUGUAAGGAAAUAUACAUUUAUUAAUAUUUUACCAUUGUUUCAUUAUUUGACUUUUGCUCAAAGGAUGUUAUUUUAGCUCAGAUUUAGAAACCCCGUGAUUUUGUGUACACCCAGCACAUCAUUUAUUCUGUUUCUGCAGUUGAAGUAUAAAGAGAAGUACCAGAACCAGAUGAAAGGUCACUAUGAAGGUAUGGGAAUGGACCGGCGCACAAUGCACGCCAUGAAGGCGGGGAGUCUGGCCAGCAAUGUGAGUAUAGCCAUAGAGAGUACAACAAAGUAUCUUUAAAGGGACAGCAUUAUAAUCUCCACAGACCAGUGUUGUGGUUAUGGUGCUAGCAGAUUACUGGUGCUGCCUACAGUUCUGUUACAAAUCCUUUCCAGUAUGUUGACUCCGACCCGUCACUGAUUGUAUUGAUAGUGCGUAAAGGAUUCUGAAUUAGAAAUCGUGACUUUAUUCUAAUUUGGAUCUAAUCACUGAUUGGCUGAAAGUCUUAGCUUACCUCCUCAGCUGGUCAGAUUUGGUCAAAACUCAGAUUGCUAAUUCAAAUAUGGAUUAACUGCAAGUUUUAUUGCUCUAUCCAUAAACUUACCACACAUUACUGUGAGUUUUACUGCCAUGGAGCUCUGUUAUACCCUCAUACAUACUAUACAUUACUGUGAGUUUUAUUGCUGUAGAGCUCUGUGACGCACUCAUACACACUAUAUAUUACGGUCAUUUAUUGCUGUAGAGCUCUGUUACACCCAUACGCACUGUAUAGGAUUGUGAGUUGUAUUGCUGUGGAGCUCUGUAAUGUGUGUAAUAUUCUGAAACAUUUACAGGUUGCCUACAAAUCAGAUUAUAAGAAUGAUGACGUAGAUGCAAAUUAUUACUAUCCGGCCACGCAAACCCCGUCCUAUCAGACCACAAAGAAACUGAAUCCAUUGAAAGAUGUAAGUCGGACACUCUGCUCACAGUAAUUGCCAAAAUGUCCACCUACGCAAGAAGAAUGUACUUAUUUACUAAAUAGUGAGCUCUGCUGUAUUUACUACAGACUUUAGACCAAAACAGUAAAUAAUCAGAUAUUCCCAACAAUGACAUACCCAACGCUGUGCGUACAAUUCUUAUCUCUGUCUCAACUCACUGUUUAGGGAAUAACGUUUUUACUUUAUUGGAGAUAUAAUAUAUAUUCUUUUCUUAUACCCCAGAUUUGUGGAUCAGUAUAAUAAUAAAUAUAGCAACAAGAGAAGCAGUGUAAUAAAGGAAGGCUUUAUUCACUAAUACAGAUAUAUAUAUAUAUAUAUAUAAUACAGAUAUUGAUAUAGUAUUGUAUAUUAUAGCAUUAACAUACAGUAAAUUAAUUCAAGUUAAAAUCAAUUUUAGUUUGAAUCAGGAAGAAUGCAAUCAAAAUUUGCCAAAUAAAAAUGAUUCCCAUUAUGACAUCAUGUGAUGACAACAUACAAAAUUAAUUAUUUUCAUAUUCGUUUCUCUAUCACUGGAAAAUGUUAAACCCGGCGUCCUUUUGAUUUAUACAUCUGCCGCAGUUUACAGAUCUGCUUAUUCACAAUGAAACACCUUUUCAGUGGAAAUAAUUAAACUAAAUUGCAAAUGGCCAAAGUAUUGAAAGUUUAAAUUGCUCACUGAGAAAACUAAUUUAUUUGCAUUAAAUAAAAACAAAAUGUAGAUUGCUCAUUAACUGUGUUUAAUUAGCUUUUUGUUUAACUCUCCCUCCAGGUUAACUACCGGCAGAGUAUUGACAAGGUAAAAUACAGCUCUGUAGCAAACACCCCAGAAAUGGUUCAAGCCAAAGUGAACGCCCAGCAGCUGAGUGAUGUAAGUCCCAAUAUGAAUUUUGUCGGUCCAGCGUCCGUGUUCCCUGCUGAUAACACGCUCUCUCCAAAUCCCCUCGCUCUGUGCCUUGCAUGAAGCUGAUAACAGCAAGCUCUUGGAAAGACCAAACAUUUUUUAUUCUAUUGUAGCACAACACACAGAAACAAAUAUAACCAACGACUCUUAUGAAUGCAGCAAUAAACAUGUAGACGAUACAAUCCAAAGCGAAUAAUGAACACAACAGUUAGAAACUAAUUGCAUCCCUAACCCUCCCUUUCAAGGAAGUUGGCUAAACUGACCUCUUGGAAGGCGUGUGGUGGUUUGCGCCAAUUAUCUGCCUGCUGUUUCAGUCCAGGAAGAAAUGUCUUCCUUUUCCAGUAGGAUUGGAGUCUAUUCUCUAAACGUAAAUGAAUGAUCUUGGGUUCAAUAGCCAAACUCAACUAAAUGCUGAUAAAAUAAAAUCAGAAAAAUGUGUAAAAAUCUGCAGAGACUGAGAUUAUCAAAUGCCUGUGUAAUAUAAAUCCAAUGACUAAAUACUGUAAUAAAAAAUGUUUACAGACAAUACAGGAAUUGCAUAGAUAUUGUGCGUUCUAUGUAACUAAAGAUUUCUUUUUUUUUGGCACUUUUGCCUAAAUUUUGUACGUUUAUUGGUUUUGGACUCAGAACAAUUUACUCUUUAGUAUCUAGAGCAUUCACAGAACGGCUAAUUUAUAAAAGAGUGAAGAAUUCCUAUAUUUUCCGAAAAAUUUAAUUUAUUACAUUUUUUUUCUUUUUACUGUGUUAUAGUUAAAUUAUCGUGCGGAGUAUGAAAAAUCCAAGACACAUUACACGCUCUCACAAGAUCUUCCUGGCCUACGGAAAGCAAAAUCAAAUGCUGAACUGUACAGUGACGUAAGUGCAUUUUAUUCACACAUCAUGUCUGUUACGCUAAAUAUGUCGUUCCUGGAAUGCAUCACUGGUGUGCACAAAGACUAAUGCCCUCCCCCAGAAAGCCAGGGGAACUUAUUCUGGCUGGCAGCAUGGGCUAACUGAUGGGUCACCCUCACUCUGUCCGCAAGUGGCUGCAUCCAAGUUGUUAGAAAGUAUCCAAGUGGAUGCCCCUAUCAGAGACAGGCAACCUUCGCUACACAGAUAUUAUGGGCUACAUCCUCCUUAAUGCUCUUACAGCCAUGAUGGUGGCAAAGUAUCAGGGGAGAUGUAAUCUGAAGUGCCAAAGGUUGCCUACCUCUUGGAAUUCAGUGACAUUUUUAGCAUAAAUAACUAGAUUUACCUGUGGUUAAAUAAUCCUGACACUUUGUAUUUUCUACUCAAUGGCAGAAUAAGUACAGAGAAGACUGGAUAAAGAACAAGGGUCGAAGCUUUGAGAUGCACCUGGAUUCAUUGUCAAUACUCUCAGCCAAAGCAUCAAUGAACCUAGCAAGUGAUGUAAGUAGGAAUCAAUUCCAAAAACCCCAAAGUGGGGCUCUAAACCCUGUAUCCAGAGUAGGGUCAUGUCCAUAGGCACCUAUGAUGUGCUGCUUAAAUAGACCAUUCUUGACCAAGGGUUGUGCUAUAACUGCUGGAGAAGCUUUCUAGCUGCAGAGGUAAGUGACAAUAAAUAACCCUGAUCCUUAGCUGGUAGUAUCAGAUAGCUGUCGUUUUCCAGGCAAAGCAUUGCAAACAUGUUAGUGUCACUUCUUAACAAAUAUCAUUAGUUCUAAAAUGACAUCUGUGACGUGUCCACUAAUCUCUCUUAACAGAUUAAAUACAAAGAACAAUAUGAAAAGAACAAAGGUAAAGCAGCAUCAACGAGUGACUCCAGACUACUCCAUUCAUUACAAGUAGGAAAAAGGGACAGUGAGGUAAGUCACCAAGUCACUGUCACCAAGUCACUGUCACCGUUAAAUGACAAUAUGUCACCAAGUCACUGUCACCAUUAAACAACAAUAUGUCACCAAGUCACUGUCACCAUUAAAUGACAAUAUGUCACCAAGUGACUGUCACCAUUAAAUGAUACUUUGUCACCAAGUAACUCUGUCACCAGGAACUCACCUUAUUGGUCGCCGCACAGAGCACCCAUCACACUCGCCACUGUUCCCUGACUGCUAACGCCAUGUUCACACUGUAGCUAUUACUUUUUUUAUUGAGUUUAUUCAUUACUGAUAUUAUUAUAUCCCAGGUAAAUUACAAGAAAGGAUUCAAGGAGAGCCAAACUCAGUUCCACUUACCGAUGGAUAUGGUAAACCUCACUCAUGCCAAGAAGGCUCAGGCUCUGGCAAGUGACCUGGACUACAGAAAGAAAUUUCACGAAUAUACCAUCCUUCCCGAGGACAUGAAGGUCAAAUGGGCCAAAAAAGCGUAUGAUCUUCAGAGUGAGGUAAGUUACAAAGCGAGCCACUAAACUGGCACAAAAAGUAGAAAUGAUGAGUCUAUUCGCGUGACUCUGAGUUUGGAGAAUUAAAAAUGGAAUUUGCACAAUUCAGGCCAAAGUACCCGAUCUAGGAAUAAAUCUGAGUUAAGGAGUUCCACCUGUUUAAUAUAAAUUUAACAAUUUUCAAUUCAACUAAUUUGCUAUUAAUUUUAGCAAUUUAUUUACCGUUUGCACCGUGUUUUUACAGUUUUGUGAAUAAAACCUUAUGCCUUUACCUAUUUUAAUGUGUUAUGAAGGAUACAGCAAUGUUCCUGAAUUCUGUGCAGACUCAGCAAUUAUAAUUAUGUUCCCACAUAGUCAACACGCUAUUAGUUUGCUGCAACUAACUAACCGCUACACAAAUUAGGGUUUAGAAAAAAGUUCCACCACGACCUUCCAAGCGAAGAGGACAACGAUAAUGCGAUGAUGUACUUUUAUCAUUUCUGUGACACAGCCAGAUUACCCAGGAGGCCCCCAAGCUGGCUACUUAGGGCCUGAGCUCAGACAAUGAAUUUAAAUGUUAAGGUAAAAGUAGCCAAACCAGUAGCUGAGCUGACUGGGAUAAUUAUUACAGUUUGUCUAAACUGGCCUUAAAUUUAAAAUCCCAAUAAUUCUCACGUUGGUAAACCCAGACGGUGUUAAAGGAGCACUAUAAGGUCAGGAACACAAACAUAUAUUUCUGACCUAAUAGUGUUAAAGCCACCAUCUAGCCCUCCUGGCCCUCUCUUGCUUCCCUAAAUAUAGUAAACUCUUACUUGUAUUCAAGCCUGACUCUGCUGGCUCUGCCCCUGUCUCCCUCAGACCUACAAGCUGCCUGCUGACAUCAUCAGUAGUGGUGUUCUGAGCCAAUAACGGUGCUUUCCAUAGUAUUGGCUGAGACUGACAAAGAGGCAGAUCAGGGGCCGAGCCAGCAUGAUUCAAACACAGCCCUGGCCAAUCAGCAUCUCCUCAUAGAGAUGAAUUGAAUCAAUGAAUCUCUAUGAGGAAAGUUCAGUGUCUGCAGCAGAGGGAGGAGACACUGAAUGUUUGGAUGCAUUUUAGGCAGCCAUGACCCAGGAAGGAUCUCUAACAGCCAUCUGAGGAGUGGCCAGUGAAGUUAUCACUAGGCUGUAAUGUAAACACUGCAUUUUCUCUGAAAAAGACAGUGUUUACAGCAAAAAGCCUGAAGGUAAUGAUUCUACUCACCAGAACAAAUUCAAUAAGCUGUAGUUGUUCUGGUGACUAUAGUGUCCCUUCAAUCAUAUCACGCAUGUGAUAAUGUACAUAUUGUGUAUUUACAGAUCGUUCGUACAUCCGAGUAUUCAUUGUCCUUCCGUGUGUUUAGCACUCUGUAUCUUGUGACCUGUUUUGUUCUUUUAAUACGAUGCUGGAAGAUGAGACAGUUAUAUUGAAAGUCACAAUGUGUGUGCUAGGCUCUGGCACGCCAUUCUUUGUCACUCUAUAAAAUAGCGAGGGGGUCAUAUAAUUCCCUAUUUGUACGGGAGAAGGCGCUGCAUUUAAGAGAAUUUAUUUUCUGAAAAUGAACGCAGCAUGUUCUUAAUUUAUCCUUUUAUUCCAGCUCCGAUACAAAUCUGAUCUUUCAUGGAUGAAAGGCGUAGGAUGGGUUGCUGAAGGCAGUCUGAAUGUGAAACAGGCUAAGAAAGCUGUGGAUCUCAUUAGUGAGGUAAAUGAAGAAAUAGAAAUAAUAGAAACUGUAACUAAACAUAUAAAGUAAAAAUGAGAAUUUGCCAAUCCCACCUGAUUGUACACUCACAUGGAUUAGGGCCAUUAGUUUCUCAAAUGUUGCAUUGUCUCAAACGUAUCGUACCUUCUUUUUACCAGCUGUACCCAUGUACUGUAGCCCCAUGUAGCCAGAGCGCAGCUUAGCGGAAAAGGGCCUUGACAGGGGUUAGGAGGCGGGCAUAGGAGGGACCGGGCAGGACUGUGGGAUUAUGGGAUGGGGGCUGGCUAUUUAAUAGGCAGCCAUUUUAAAAUGUGCACAUUAAUUUCUGCCUAGCUGUGUUUGUCCCACCCUCCCUCCCUGUAAUGGGUUGUUUCUGUAUUAUCCCGUUUUGUCACAGCGGCGGGAUAGAGAGCUAGGGAAGGCAAAAAUAGGCUCCCCAUGAGGAACGUGAGGAACAUGAAGAAUUGUGGUCACUGGUGGAUGGUGGGUUUCGAGUCCUGGAGGUGGCUCAGAACCUGGUGGGGUAGGGGUAUCUGGGUAUACCCCUACCGUGGUUACUUAUGGUUGGCAUUUAAAUCGGUUCAUGUUGGAGUAAGGUUAAAGCGUUAUUUAUAUAUAUUUAUGUGUUGCUUAUGUUGGGUCAUUGCCCUGAUAUUAAUGAAGGUAUAGAUGCGAGGGCGGAGUAUGGGGGCAAUGACCCAUGUUUUAUAUAUAUGUUAAAUUAUUAGUAUCGUUACUAUGAUUGUUAAUAAAGCUGUGGACAAUUUGACCCAUAUACCUAGUGUCAGCGUGUUAUUGGGGAUAGGUAUGUGGGGAGGUUGUUGUCCAAGGUUCCGACUGCCCAUAUGGCGACUAUACACCAGUCAAGAGCUGCGGUAUGUGUUGGCACUUUAUUAAAAAAGUAUAAUUAUUAUAGUUGACAUUGUAUCACACCAUGAUGGCUGUUUUGUUUUUGUUUGUUUUUUUACCAGGACCCACCCUGGAAUGUGAUUAGUGAGACGAGAUAUGUGGAAAUCAUUUCAAAUUUCUAGAAUUUUUUUUUAUUUUUUUUUUAUUAAAAGCCAUUUUUUUUAUUUUUAAUUUUGAUGUUUGUUAUAGAAAUAAAUAGGUUUUACAAAUUAAAUAAAGGAGCCAGUUGGUGACUUUCGUUCUGACUUUUCUUGCAAUACUGGCGAUGGCAGUUACUGCAUUAUGGAAAAUAAAGUGACCUAAAAUCGGCAUUACUUUCCAUGUCUUUUUAUGCAACAAAAUCCCAAAACAGUCAGAUUUCUUCUCUAUCCCAGCUCCGGUGGCACCCCUUUCUGCCGAGGUUAAUUUCAGAAUGAAGUGCCAAUUCAAAUGAUGUCUUGAUUUUGUCUUUCCAGAAAAAGUACCGCCAGAAAGCUGACCUGUGGAAGUUUACCAGCAUUGCCGACAGCCCGCAGAUUAAACAAGCCAAGAAAAGCCAGGAGCUGCAGAGCGAUGUGAGUCCUUCAAGGUUGUUUAAUUAUCUUGAUGACGAACAGGAACAGGUGCAACGCAAGCCGCGUAAACCGAGACAGUGAGCGGAGCUUGAAAUAGAUUGAAGGGUUUACAUCUCAGCUCAGGCUUUUAACUAAGAAUCAUUAAACUAAACCUACAGCCUUACCAUCUGCUAUUAGAGAAACACAAGAAGAGCGAGAGGCUGCCCAAAGCAAAAACUCGAUUUCUUUAGCAUUGUGCAAACAAAUUAUAUAUAUAUAUAUAUAUAAUACUAUCUCUGCUGCCACUUCAAACGUUCCUUUCCAGCAUAUUAGAUCUGUGGUUUUGUUGAAACCUUUCGAAAGACCUGCUAAUGCUGACCCUGUUGUCUUAGUAGAUGUUUUUAUUUUAGUUAUCUGGAUAAAGCUAGCAUACUGAAUUGAUGGUGUUGGAUAACCUGUUAAUCCAUCUCCUAGAAUGUUGUGACUGUGAAAGUGUUAUUUAGGGUAAAAACAAAGUGACUUCAAGAUAUAAGAGAUGCUCUAUAUAUAGAUAUUCAGAGAGAUUGCAGAAGGCGCCAUUGACUGAUCCAAAUGUUUACAUGUAUUGAUGUUACCUCAAAAUAGUUUCAUUAUUAGUUCCAUAAAAUUAUUUUGCAUUCAUGAUAAUACAUUCACAUUAUCGCAGUCAUCAUGAUACAUUCACACUAUCGCACGCAUCAUGAUACAUUCCAAAUAUCGCAGUCAUCGAAAUAUAUUCACACUAUCGCAGUCAUCAUGAUACAUUCCAAAUAUCGAAGUCAUCGUAAUAUAUUCACAAUAUCGCAGUCAUCAUAAUAUAUUCACACUAUCGCAGUCAUCAUGAUACAUUCCAAAUAUCGAAGUCAUCGUAAUAUAUUCACACUAUCGCAGUCAUCAUGAUACAUUCACACUAUCGCAGUCAUCAAAAUAUAUUUACACUAUCGCAGUCAUCAUGAUACAUUCACACUAUUGCAGUCAUCGUAAUAUAUUCACACUAUUGCAGUCAUCGAUAUAUAUUCACACUAUCGCUGUCAUCGUAAUACAUGCCAAAUAUCUAAGUCAUCGUAAUUUAUUCACACUAUCGCAGUCAUCAUGAUACAUUCACACUAUCGCAGUCAUCAUUAUACAUUCCAAAUAUCGAAGUCAUCAUAAUUUAUUCACACUAUCACAGUCAUCAUGAUACAUUCACACUAUCGCAGUAAUCAUGAUGCAGUCAUCGUAAUAUAUUCACACUAUCGCAGUCAUCAUGAUACAUUCACACUAUCGCAGUCAUCGUAAUAUAUUCACACUAUCGCAGUCAGCAUGAUGCAUUCACACUAUCGCAGUCAUCCUGGUACAUUCACACUAUCACAGUCAUCGUAAUAUAUUCACACUAUCGCAGUCAUCAUGGUACAUUCACACUAUAACAGUCAUCGUAAUAUAUUCACACUAUCGCAGUCAUCAUGGUACAUUCACACUAUCGCAGUCAGCAUGAUACAUUCACACUAUCGCAGUCAUCGUAAUAUAUUCACACUAUCACAGUCAUCGUAGUAUAUUCAUAUUAUCACAGUCAGCAUGAUGCAUUCACACUAUCGCAGUCAUCAUGGUACAUUCACACUAUCGCAGUCAGCAUGAUACAUUCACACUAUCGCAGUCAGCAUGAUACAUUCACACUAUCGCAGUCAUCGUAAUAUAUUCACACUAUCGCAGUCAUCAUGAUACAUUCACAAUAUCACAGUCAUCGUAAUAUAUUCACACUAUUGCAGUCAUCAUGAUACAUUCACGCUAUCAAAUUCAUCAUGUUACAUUCACACUAUCGCAGUCAUCAUAAUAUAUUCACACUAUCGCAGUCAUCAUAAUAUAUUCACACUAUCGCAGUCAUCAAGAUACAUUCACACUAUCGCAGUCAUCAUAAUACAUUCCAUAUAUCGCAGUCAUCGUAAUACAUUUUCACUAUCGAAUUGAUCAUGAUAUAUUCACUCUAUUGCAGUCAUCGUGGAACACUCAAAACAUUGCAGUCAUAAUGAUACGUUCCAAAUAUAAUGUAUAAUAAAAUAUAAAUAUAGUAAUAUUUAAAAUAAAAAAAAGCUUUAGUAUAAAGGAUCCAGUUUUAGUUUAAUUUUCUAGGUUUUGGCUACCAGUAUUAGGUGGUAUCUGUGGUUGUAUGCCUAUCCUAAUUAAUUCAGGGGAUAGCGGCACAUAAGAUGCUGUGUAGUAGCUGAGAGUGAGUGAAAUUACACACUUGUUACAAUGGAUACAAUACUGUACACCUUUGCAGAUGUAGCUCACAAACAUCUUUCACAUAUUUACAUCAAGGCAGUGACCCACCACAUAAUACAUUUCCAAUAUAUAACAACCAUAUAAUAUAACAUGUAACGUACCAACAUUGAUCAAUUUCACCUGAUAGGGGUAUACCCAAAUACCCCUACACCACCGAGGUUCUGAGCCACCAACAGACUCGAAACCUACCAAAACAUGUACAAACAGUGUAUUAUUUUAACCAGUUAACUAACUCCCCUUACACCUCUCUUAACUAAGGCCCAUUAUCCUUAAUGUUCCUACCCCACCCCGCCACUGUGACCAAGCCGGGGGAAAAGGCUACAAAGGGAGGGAGGGACCAACUCUGCUAGGUAAGAAAUUAGAGUGAGGGAUCACAAAAUGGCUGACCAUUUAUAUCAGCCAAUCCCCAAGCACUGAUCCACCAAUCCCCUACUGUUCCCACCCCCUAGCCCACCUCCUAGCCCUGUCAGGGCCCUAUUCCCUAAGCUGCGCUUUCUCCGUGGGCUUCAUCACUGCCGCUGACUGCGACUACAUCGGAUCCACAAUAACUCUUACCACCCAUGUCUAAUGUACUAUCCUCCAGUAAAAGGUAAAAAAAUAUUACAACUCAUCUCUGCGCACAAUAUUUAUAUAUCCCUAAAUACACAGCAUUCACACAGUCUUCACCCCAAACGUUAGGCUCCUCCUCUGUUCUGUUUGUUUAUUUUACUGUUUCUGUUAUAGCUUGUUUACAAAUCCGGAACCGAGCAUAUGCUCCAUCACUACACAAUCAGCAAGGAUGAGCCGGUGUUCCUGCAGGCACGAAUCAAUGCGGCUAAUCUGAGUCAGGUCAGGAUGGAUUGUUCUUUAUUUACUAUCCUAUGAUACCGUGCUAAUCUGAGCUAUUUCUCUGGUUAUAUAUACAAAAAUAACCAGAUUCCACCAAUGAGAAGGGAUGUAGGGAUAAUAUUAUAAAUUCCCGUAUACACCAGAUAUUGUAGAUAUGCAAAAGAUGCCUCUAAAUCUUCAUACAACACAACCAAAGAAAUCUACAAAAUAAACAUAAAGAAUAAGACAUAGGGUGGUUCUGUAUCACACACUGUAUAUGUGCAAUACAGUAUUGCAUUCACUCAGAGACAUAUACAGCGUGUGAUACACUACCACCCUGUGUCCUAUUGUUUUUAUGUUUUUUGCUAUUUUUUUGGUUGUGUCACACAAUUUGACCAUGAAUGGUAGCACGCAAGGCUGGGUGUUUCUCAUGAUGCGGAGAGAUCAUUUGCGCAUGGCUUAGAUAAAUAUUUCCUAACUGGGACUCGCAUCGACGUUUCUGCUGACUAUGUCCUCAAUUUAAUAGGAUUUACAGAUGAUUCAACACGGUUAGAUAAAGUUUCCAAAUGACUUAUCUACUGGAGUUGCCAUUAAGACUAUGGAAAUUUCUGUAGAUAAAUCAUUCAGAAAGUUUUUUCUAACAUAACUGAAUAAUCUGGGCAUUUUAUUCAAUUCAGGCCUUUAUUUGAGAACCCGUUCACUGUGCCGGAUAAUUCACUAUUGUUAUUCAUCAAACGGGAAUUGAGGGGCAUUGCAUAUUGCAGGGUAAACGCUGAAUAGGAAAGGUUUUGGACUAUAAUUGUUGAUUCCCUUGUUAAAACUCAAUAAUUCAUGGUUUCGGAAGUAGACUUCAACAGGUCAUGUUUGUCUAGAAAUCUGGAACCAAUAUUUCUAGAUCAUGACAACAGAAUUGCUUCAGUAUUUCCCUUUAUAGAUAUUUCCCCAUACGGUAUAUCUAUGGAUCUGAUAGAAAUGGUUUCAGCAGUUAAAUGACUCGCCAUGAUUGCCUCCAAAACCCACAGAGAAUCAUCUUAACCUGAAGGAGACAUUUAUUGAAUAGAAACCAUUAUUACAUGUGUCUCUGUUUACAUUGUCCAGAAACUGUACAGGAGCAGCUGGGAGAACCAGAAAGAGAAGGGUUUUGAGCUGAGACUGGAUGCUUUGAGUAUACUGACCGCCAAAGCAAAGCGGGAUCUAGCAAGUGAUGUGAGUACGAAGCAACCUGUAUCAUGGCAGAAACACACUCAAUUAUUACAGCACGGGAACCAGCAUGAUCAUGGGGGGCAGUAAUGUUAUGGGGGGGGAACCAACGCAAUCAUGGGGGGGCAGUAAUGUUAUGGGGGACACCUGAAUUAUGGGAAACCAGCGCGAUCAUGGGGGACAGUAAUGUUAUGGGGGGGGAACCAACGCAAUCAUGGGGAGCAGUAAUGUUAUGGGGACAGCGGAAUUAUGGGGAACAGUAGAAUUAUUUGGGGCAGCGGAAUAAUAAUUGUAGAGUGGAAUUAUAGGUGGCAAUGGGAUUGUGGGGGACAGUAAAAUUAUGGGAGACAUUGGAAUUAUUGGGGAAUACUAGAAUUAUGGAGGAUAGCGGAAUUAUGGGGACAAUGAAAUUAUAAGGGAUAUCAGAAUUAUAUGGGGACAGUGGAAUUAUUUGGGGACAGGAUAAUUAUAUCUCAGACACGUGAUCAUAUCUGUGUUUUUAAUGCUUUCUGCAGAUCAAAUACAAGGAAAGUUACGAAAAAACAAAGGGUCAACUUAUUGGGGUCCAGGAUGUUCAAGGGGAUUCCCAAAUCUCCCAUUCACUCCAAAUGAGCAAGAUGCAGAGUGAUUUGCAGUACAAGAAGGGGUGUGAGCUUUCCAUGAAACAAUAUCGUGUCUCCAUGGACUCCCUGGACAUGUUGCAUGCUACCAAAGCGCAGGGACUGGCAACUGAACAGGGAUACAGGACCUUCCUUCAUCGCUACAAUGCCUUGCCCACCGACAUGAAGCUGCAAUGGGCCAAGAAGGCGUAUAAUCUGCAGAGUGAUGUGAGUGGUAACCUAAUAGAUUCGAAGGAUGAAUGGGAGACAGCUCCAGCAGUUGAGGAUUGAAUAUGGCUUACUAACAAUCCAUGUGAUUCAAUUUAGGGGUUUACACCCUAUUUACUAACCCCUUAAGAGUCUCAAAAUAGCUGUGAAACAAACCCCCAGCUCAGGUGGUUUAUUUUUCCCAAAUUAUCUGUUUUGCCCUAAAUGUUCACAGUUAACGCUGCAUUUUCCACAUCUCACUGGAAACGGUGGGUUUGUCAGGAUUCGCUGAGAGGUUUCAGCCGCUUCCUUGUCUACAAUGAGCUCACUGCAGAAGCUGCAAAUCUAGAGGAUGUUACUUCAACUAUAAAAGGCAUAACCAAGAGGAGUCCUACUACAGUAUAUUUCUAACACCAGUAACUAAAGAUUCUUUAAAGGGUCACUUCAUCUCAUUGAAGUGGUGAUGGUACUCUCCCCUGGUUUAGUAUAAAAACAAUUUUGACACUGAAUGAGGCUCAACCCAUCACAUCAUUAGUCAUACCAAGUCACGUCAAUGGCAGUGACAGUCUCUGCCACCCACUGCUGGUCUACCUAAUGUGGAAUCAUUAGUCUGAGCAGUAGGGAAAGGUGGGGCUACAGGGGCCCGGGACCCCCAUUUACUGUUAAACUAGUUUAACACCAAAUAAUGGGAUGGCACCAGGGGACUCCAGGUGCCAUAACCACUUCAAUGUGAUGAAGUGGUUAUGUUUUUUUAACAUGGAGAAUACAAGUAUCUCUGCUUGACCAUUUUCUGCUUAACGUGAAUCUUCUCCUAUUGCAGAAUCUGUACAAAUCUGACCUGAAGUGGAUGAAGGGUGUUGGCUGGAUAACGACAGGCUCAUUAGAUGUACUGCAGGCCAAGAAAGCUGGAGAGCUCAUCAGCGAGGUGAGAUCAUCAGGGCUCUUAGCAACUGAUACAAAGUAUCUGCUGCAAUAAAAUCGCUUUACAUACAUUAAACGUUCACACAGCUGGUGACUCUGAAACCAUAAGUACUUCAGUUGGAUGAUGCCUUCAAUGUAAAACUAGAUCUUUAUGUAUGGUAGUUAAUAUUUGUAUAAAUAAAACAAGACCACGCAAUAACCACAGAGAACAUUUAAUUACUUUUCAAUGGGCUUGGUCGUGGUGUUUAUUCAAAGCUCAAGGGGUAUACAACCAUAACUUUGUAACCAUAACCAUAUAAUAUAUGGUUCACCAACUUUCAAAACUUUAACUUUAUUAACCACCAAAUAGCCAGUCAGUCAUAACCAACCUGACUGCCUUUUAUUUAAAACCACCAUAUCGUUCAAAACAUCUAAAGAAACCUCCUUACAACCCACCUAAUGGAACCUCCUUAUAACCCAUCUAAAGAAACCUCCUUAUAGCUCAUCUAAAGUAACCUACUUAUAGCCUAUCUAAAGGAACCUCCUUAUAGCCCAUCUAAAGAAACCUCAUUUUAGCCCAUCUAAAGAACCUCCUUAUAGCCCAUCUAAAGAAGCCUCCUUGUAGCCCAUCUAAAGAAACCUCCUUAUAGCCCAUCUAAAGAAACCUCCUUAUAGCCCAUCUAAAGGAACCUCCUUAUAACUCAUCUAAAGAAACCUAAUUUUAGCCCAUCUAAAGAACCUCCUUAUAACCCAUCUAAAGAAGCCUCCUUGUAGCCCAUCUAAAGAAACCUCCUUAUAUCCCAUCUAAAGAAACCUCCUUAUAACCCAUCUAAAGAAACCUCCUUAUAACCGAUCUAAAGAAACCUCCUUAUAACCCAUCUAAAGAAGCCUCCUUGUAGCCCAUCUAAAGAAACCUCCUUAUAGCCCAUCUAAAGGAACCUCCUUAUAACCCAUCUAAAGAAGCCUCCUUAUAUCCCAUCUAAAGAAACCUCCUUAUAACCCAUCUAAAGAAACCUCCUUAUAACCCAUCUAAAGAAACCUCCUUAUAACCCAUCUAAAGAAACCUCCUUAUAGCCCAUCUAAAGAAACCUCCUUAUAGCCCAUCUAAAGAACCUCCUUAUAAGCCAUCUAAAGAAACCUCCUUAUAGCCCAUCUAAAGGAACCUCCUUAUAACCCAUCUAAAGAAACCUCCUUAUAGCCCAUCUAAAGGAACCUCCUUAUAGCCCAUCUAAAGAAACAUCCUUAUAACCCAUCUAAAGGAACCUCCUUAUAACCCAUCUAAAGAAACCUCCUUAUAGCCCAUCUAAAGAAACCUCCUUAUAGCCCAUCUAAAGAACCUCCUUAUAAGCCAUCUAAAGAAACCUCCUUAUAGCCCAUCUAAAGGAACCUCCUUAUAACCCAUCUAAUGGAACCUUCUUAUAGCACAUCUAAAGAAACCUCCUUAUAACCCAUCUAAAGAAACAUCCUUAUAGCCCAUCUAAAGAAACAUCCUUAUAGCCCAUCUAAAGGAACCUCCUUAUAACCCAUCUAAAGAAAUCUCCUUAUAGCCCAUCUAAAGAAACAUCCUUAUAAGCCAUCUAAAGGGACCUCCUUAUAACCCAUCUAAAGAAACCUCCUUAUAGCCCAUCUAAAGGAACCUUCUUAUAGCCCAUCUAAAGAAACCUCCUUAUAGUCCAUCUAAAGAAACCUCCUUAUAGCCCAUCUAAAGGAACCUCCUUAUAGCCCAUCUAAAGAAACCUCCUUAUAGCCCAUCUAAAGAAACCUCCUUAUAGUCCAUCUAAAGAAACCUCCUUAUAGUCCAUCUAAAGAAACCUCUUUAUAGCCCAUCUAAAGAAACCUCCUUAUAACCCAUCUAAAGAAACCUCCUUAUAGCCCAUCUAAAGAAACCUCCUUAUAGCCCAGCUAAAGGAACCUCCUUAUAACCCAUCUAAAGAAACCUCCUUAUAGCCCAUCUAAAGAAACCUCCUUAUAGCCCAUCUAAAGGAACCUCCUUAUAGCCCAUCUAAAGAAACCUCCUUAUAACCCAUCUAAAGAAACCUCCUUAUAACCCAUCUAAAGAAACCUCCUUAUAGCCCAUCUAAAGAAACCUCCUUAUAACCCAUCUAAAGAAACCUCCUUAUAGCCCAUCUCUAAGAAACCUCCUUAUAGCCCAUCUACCUCCUUAUAGCCCAUCUAAAGGAACCUCCUUAUAGCCCAUCUAAAGAAACCUCCUUAUAGCCCAUCUAAAGAAACCUCCUUAUAGUCCAUCUAAAGAAACCUCCUUAUAGCCCAUCUAAAUAAACCUCCUUAUAGCCCAUCUAAAGGAACCUCCUUAUAGCCCAUCUAAAGGAACCUUCUUAUAACACAUCUAAACAGACACUCCACUGCUGUCUGCUCUUCACACAUAAAGCUUUUCAGCAAUCUAAAGUUGCUUAGGGGUCUGGAGUGACCCUUUAACAUGAAAUCUUCUGAAGCCAUGAAGUUUCCUAGCGUCUGUCCGCACCGUUCCUGCUUCGGUCCACUCUGACAGGAUUACACUUGUGCUGCUUCUUUUAUACUGUUCCAGUUUCCCGCUCUUUUUCUGCUUGCAACUUUCAACCAAUCCCAUGCCAGCUGCAGCCCACAGAAACAGCUGUGUCAUCAAUUCUGCCCAGAUACCGGCCUGACUGACCAAUUGCCACAAGAGUUAAAAUUCCUCACAUUCAAAUCCCAGACAAAUCAGAUUAACUCCUUCAUUGCCACCGUACAUAUAUAAACAGAAUAACUCCUUCAUUGACACUAUACAUAUAUAUCACAGUGCUUAGUGCUUGUGGCUUCUUAAACCAUUGGAGACAAAUAUUAACCACAAACAGGCUCAAUCACUAAAAACUAAAUUUAGAAAAUUAAAUCAAAUUGGUGAGUUUGAGAGUAAACUAGCUAAACUGUGAUUAAAGCCGCGUUGGAGAAUGUUUCCAAAUCUGCUGUUUUAGUCUCAGUUUUGUCACUCAGAUGUAAAUUAAAACAAUUCAGUGUUUAGUAAAUUGCCCUGUGUGUGUUCCGCUGCUGGACAAUAAGGUUAGAAAACAUUUUCAGCGAUCCAGUCCUAGCGCUGCCCAUAUCAUCAGCCACAGGUCAAGAGGGAACGCAAAGUGCCACCGCACAUAUCGACGUGGCCUCAUAUCUCAAACUGGAAAGUCCUUGUCACUAACAUGGAAAUAAUUGAACCUCAAUAAAAUAGAAGCAGAAUGAAUAGACCCAACUGCACCUUUCUAAUGUGUUCAGUUUGGAAACAGAGGGGCUUAUUCACUAAAAUGGAAACUGCAGAGAAAUGACAAAGCCAUACAAAUUUGAGUCCUAGCUUUAAAAGAGUUUAAAAAAAAUAAUAAAAUCUGAUAUUUUUGUUUGUCUGAAGUUUGGGUUUGUCGUUGAGAUGCUCUUGUCAAUGUAAAGCUGGUGUUUCUCUAUUCUUCCUACUGCAUUGAAAUCUGUAAAAAAAAAUUAAAAAAAAUAACUGAAAUGAGCAAAAUUGGUUAACUUUACUUUUUCUCUUUUUUUGAAUUGAACAGAAGUCAUAUCGACAAUCGCCAUCUGCGUUUAAAUUUACCAGUAUUCAAGAUACGCCAGAGAUUACGCAGGCCAGGAUUAGUUACAACCAGUCUGUGGAUGUAAGACGGGGUUCAUUAUAUUUUACCGCAUGCAAACACGCUUUCACAUCACGUUAACAUGUUUAGGAUUAGUGGCAGCGUUUGCUCUUUGUAUAAUAAUUAUCUGAGCUGCCUUUAUAGCAGACACACUGUAUCACAAUGGUAUUCAUUAUUAUCCAAGCUUGACAAAGACCCGGUUGGGUCAAAACGUUUCUGUGUGUUUGCCCCAAUAAAACUGCUCUUAUGCUUUCUACUUGAGUGCAAAUUAUCACUUUAUUUUACAUAAUUAAUGUGGGUUCUGGCCUGCCCCUGAUGCCGUGCUCCGUAGUAGCCUGGUGAGUGCGGUCUCCAUCUACUUACCAAGUAAUUGCAGUGGGCAGAUUUGGUAACAAUACAUACAUUUAUCUGUAGUGUAAACAUUUUUUCAGAUGUCAGAUUUGAUCCAGAUUGGGUUUGUGAGAAUCAAAAUAUCUGUUUCUUCUAGAGUAAAUACAAAGAACAUGGGGAGAAUAUAAAGCACCAUUAUACCUCCAUCGCGGAGCUCCCUGAACUACUGCAAGCAAAACUAAAUGCCUUAAACAUUAGUGAGGUAAGUCCAUCAAUACAAAUUGUUACAAAUAAAACAUAGUACAUUCUGUCUGUCUAAUCUACAUCUGUGUGUGUGUGUGUGUGUGCCUGUAGCAGUCUGUCUGGCUAAUCUACAUCUGUAUGUGUGUCUGUCUGUCUAGCUGUGUGUCUUUCUACAUCUGUGUGUGUGUGUCUGUCUGUUUAGCUGUCUGUCUAAUCUACAUCAGUGUGUGUGUGUGUGUGUGUGUCUGUCUGUCUAGCUGUGUGUCUUUCUACAUCUGUCUUUUUGUCUGUCUGUUUAGCUGUCUGUCUAAUCUACAUCUGUCUUUUUGUCUGUCUGUAGCAGUAUGUUUGUCUAAUCUACAUAUGUCUGUGUGUCUUUGUAAAAUAUAUUAUUUACUCUUUCUGUACAGACGCGUUACAAGGAAUCGUGGAGCAAGUUUAAAGAUGGCGGCUACAAGCUGAAACUCGAUGCCAUCCCCUUCCAGGCUGCUAAAGCCUCUAAUGAGAUAAUUAGUGAUGUGAGUUCCAAUUCUCCAUAUAUUGAUGUACAUGGGCAGGGAUUGUGGACUAAACUUUGUACAGAAAGGAAUUCCUAGGACAGUCAAUGUUUUGUCUAAAAUAUAUUGCAUCAGCAUAAAGACUUAAUAUAUGUGACAGUUUAUAUAUAUUUUUUGUAUAUUAUUAUUAUUUUAUUAUUUAUAUAGCACCAUCAAAUUCCAUAGCGCUGUACAAUGGGAUCCUGUUAUCUCAGAAACUGAUAUACAGAGAUACAGGAAACCUGUAAUAAAGGAACAGAAACGUGCAUCGUAUCACCCUGUUUAGGUGAUUACACACAAAGUUCAGUAAUGAAUUGCACUCACAAAGGAAUAAUUAAUAUAGAAUAAUUAAUAUAGAAUAAUUAAUAUAGACGAUGAAACUAUCUCCAGGCUAUCUGGAUUAAAUGUUAUCUAAGUGGCAGCCAGCAAUAAUCAGGAUGUUCUACACAAUUCUGGAUAAAAUAAAGGAAGAUGAUGCAAUGUUUAAUAGUUAUCCAUUUAUUGCACAUAACUGAAUCAGAUAGAUUCACAGAAUAUCAUGUAAAACCUCCCCAGAUCCAAUAUUUUCACCCUAUGCAUUUUGCUUGAGGGGAUUUCUCCCGUGUAACGAAAAUCACGAUAAAGUACAAGUAAGCAAAUAAAAUUAAACCUGGACAUACCAAUAUAACAAUCUACACAGCCCACCAUCUUGAAAUCUCCCUCUUCUCCGUCUGAUUGGCGGACACAUCUGUCCUACCACCGAUUGGAAAUCCUUUCUGGUUGUGUCAUGCCACAUGAUAAUGUUUAUCCGUUGCCUCACCAAGAAAGCCCAGAUGUGCAUCUCCGGAAAAGAAUCUCAGAAUCUUGGAGCAUCUUGUGUUCCUCAGAGGAGGGCCAAUUCCAGUUGCUCACCUGUGCACAAGCAUGGGAUUGCUGAUAUUGUCUUAUAAUCACAACUUGAUUGUGCUGUGUGAAAAUAUCUUCAAACGUUUUAUCCCACUUAGUCUAGUCUGUGUAAUCACUUAAUACAUUCUAGCAUGAUUCCUUUACCAGGUUUAACUUAGUAUCUGGUGACUUGUCCUGAUACACUGCUGGCUCUGCAUUCUCUGCUCAGUCCUUUAAAUUGUGUUUUUUUUCCAGCACAAAUAUAAAGAGGAGUUUGAGAAAACGAAAGGAAGGAUGAUUGGUUUACGUUGCCUGGAGGACGACAUCAGCAUCUCGCAUUCUGUUCAUUCAGCCUCCCUCUCCAGUGAUGUAAGUUUCCAAACUGUAUCAGGAUUAAGAGAAAACACUAGACAAGGGGCCGGCAACAUUUAGCACUCCAGGUGUUGUGGACUACAUCUCCUAUAAUGCUCCUACAGUCAUAUUGUUGGCAAGGCAUCAGGGGGGAUGUAGUCCACAACAUCUGGAGUGCCGAAGUUAGACAAUACUCUUCUAACUCAGAAUAUUUGUGAAUUCUGUGUCAGCGUGUUUGUGUUCUGCACUACUAUGUCCACCUGGCAACAUUUCAUUUAUGUAAUAAAAUAUCUCGAAUUUGAUGUAAAAAUAUCCCAGCAGGAUGCAGUGAGGAUAUGAGGGAAAUUGAGUAAGGUGAUAGACAUAACAGAGUGUCACCGGAUGUAUAUCACUACAGGUUAAUAUAGCGUUUAUGGUGCAAGGAAGCUAUGGGUCAAGUCCACCUGGCUAUUUGUCAGAUAAUUUAAUAAUGGUAUCACAAAACCACAUGAUUUCCUGGCACAGUAAGCAAAUCCGGCUGGAAACAAGUCAGUUAAGAAAAUCUUAACACUGAUUGUGCGGCCAGUUCCUCCUGUACCUGUUAGAGGAGCUCACAGCCUCUCCUCGCAUCGCAUUGCAUCGCACAUGGGUACUCAUUCCAGUUCCUCCCAUACCUGUUACAGGAACUCACAGCCUCACCUCGCAUCGCACAUGGGUACUCAUUCCAGUUCCUCCCAUACCUGUUACAGGAACUCACAGCCUCACCUCGCAUCGCACAUUACUCAUUCCAGUUCCUCCUGUACCUAUUAGAGGAGCUCACAGCCUCUCCUCGUAACGAGUAUGGGUACUCAUUCCAGUUCCUCCUGUACCUGCUACAGGAACUUACAGCCUUGCAUCAUGCAUGGGUACUUAUUUUAGCUCCUCCUCUACCUACAAGAGGAGCUCACAGGCUUGCUCCUUCCAGAUGUUGGAUAGAAUUUCCUUAUUACUUUGAUCUCUAGCUGUACUGGUUGGCUUUGUAUACUGGCAAUUUUUUUAAAACCGGUUGAGAUGGAAGGGCAGCUCUUAUAGCCUCCCAGUAUCAUAAUCCGUAUAGUACAUUGCAGUGGUUAUGGUGUGUGGAGUGUGUCUUUAAUAUUUUCUGUUAAUCCUGAAUAUUUUUUCAUUAUAUGAGAUUAAAGUGCUCAGAGCUUUCUAAUGGUUUCUAACUAAGAGAUUUACUUCUAUCCCCAAACAGGUACAUUACAAGAAAGGGUUUGAAAAGAUUAAAACUCAAUUCAAAUUACCAAUGGAUAUGGUAAACCUGGUGCAUGCUAAGAAAGCCCAGUCGCUGGUUAGUGACCAGAAUUACAGACACCUUCUCCAUCAUUACACUUUCCUCUCAGACGACCUCAGAAUGCUGUCUGCCAAGAAAGCCUACGAACUGCAGAGCGAGGUAACAAGUGGUAAAAUAUUACAAACACGUUAAAAGAAACUCAACCCAACUCAACAAGCACAUCCCAACCCCCGUUGUAAAAUUAUUGGUAUGACCCUGUCUCUAGGGACCUCAAAGAAGCUCAGAGGAGGGUCAAUAUUGUGAAAAAGGAAGUAUGAUAAAUAGAUUUUAUUGACAAGUCUUUCGCACCUUGGUCCAAUAGUUUUUAUCGGUCGUUGUAGUUCUAAUCUAAAAGCUUCUUGUUUGGAGAUUCUUUUUCUUAUGCGUUUGAUACAAUUUGAAAACAAACCAGAAGAAUCCUUCACAAGUCAAUCAAAUCCUUCAUAGCAGUGAAAGGGUUAAAUGUUGAAAGUAUCAAGCUCUACGAAAAGGCCGAACCCAUUCUUCUACAAUAAGUAACCUUCCCUGUAAGUGAAAUAGGUACCUGGUGGUUCUGUUUACUGACACUUUCUCUUAUUAUCCCAUAAUAUUCGCUCUAGAACCUGUACAGGUCCGAUCUGAACUUUAUGAGAGGCGUCGGCUGCAUUGUCCCGGGUUCACUGGACAUUGAAGAAAGGAAGAAAGCCUCAGAUCUUGCUAGUGAGGUAAUAAAACAAUGGUUAAUAUUAUUAUUUUAUUGAUAAUAUACCUUGCAGCAUGGCACUAUCAACUGUUACAGCUGCAGAUCUCAGAUUCAGAAAUAAAACACAGGCUCAUACUGGACCAUCCAGGCUCCACUAAUAUUGGCACCCUGGAGAAACAUGAGAAAAGAAGGCUGUGAAAAUGUGUUUACUGUUUAACCUUUUGAUAUGUUGUUACAAAAAAUGCUUAAACAUACUCUGCUCCCAUUGACAUCAAAAAGUUGCAAACAUCCCAGGUUUAUCGAAGAAAAUAUUUGUUAAAUAUAUGUGUGGAACAAUUAUUGGCAAAUUUUUAGUCAAUACUUUGUGAUACCUCCUAAUGCCAAGAUAGUAGCUUCUCCUAUAAAGCCUAAAAAACGGUCGAUAACGACUGCGGACGUACCUGGUACAUCAUUUACUAAAUCACCACUUACCUGAUUGCUGGAGAUCCCCCGCCAGUGAUCGGGAUCCUGGGGUCUGCCUGGGAGCUCUAAACGCUGCCGGGCGUAAUAGUAAUAGUUCGCCCUCCGUUUUUUUUUUUACUUACCCGGUCACCGGCGAUCCCACGCCGGCGAUUGCGGUUGGGGGGACUCCCAGGGAGCCCCCCCGCGGCACAUCUGACCUCCUGCAGCCCCCCCACGGCCAUGUGAGAGUGAGGUCCUUAUAAAAUUACAAAUAAAUAAUUAAAAAAUAUAUAAAUGUGUGUUAUUUCGUUCUAAUUGUAUUGUGAUAUUAAUAUAUAUAUUUAUAUCAAAAUACACGUAGAACGAAAUAAUAUAUAUAUCUAUAUACAUAAAUAUAUACGUAUAUAUCACUAUAUAUAUAUAUAUAUAUAUAUAUAUACCUAUAUAUAAAUUAAAAUAUUUAAAUUUUUAUAUAUAUAUAUAUAUAUAUAUAUAUAUAUAUAUAUAUAUAUAUAUAUAUAUAUAUAUAUAUAUAUAUAUAUAUAUAUAUAUAUAUAUAUAUAUAUAUAUAUAUAUAUAUAUAUAUAUAUACACAUAUAUUAAUUCUACAUAUAUAUUUAUGUAAUAUUUUUACAUAAUUAGGAAUCUUAAUUAAUUACAAUAACCGGGACCUGCCUGAAAACCCAUGCCGAAAGUAAAGGGAAUUUAAUUUGCUAGCACUAUAUUUAACCCUAUAACUUUCCAAGACACCAUAAAACUUGUACAUGGGGGGUACUGUUCUACUCGGGAGACUUCGCUGAACACAAAUAUUAGUGUUUCAAAACAGUAAAAUGUAUUACAACGAUGAUAUUUUCACGCACAAACAGCACUUACACGGACGAUAUUAUUGCUGCGAUACUUUUUACUGUUUUGAAACACUAAUCACUGUACUCAGGAGAUGUUACUGAACACAUAUUGGGGUGUGUUUUGGCAGUAACUCUUAUAGUUUUCAGUACAUUAUUUUAUUUUUUUUACAUUUGGCAUAUAGUUGUGGUAAAAUGGUUGCAUGAAAAGAGUCAAAGUACCGCACAUUUAUUACCUUAGGUUGUCUUCUUUUUAAAAAAAAUAUAUAUACAUGUGAAGGGUUAUUCAGGGAUUCCUGACAGAUAUCAGUGUUACAAUGUAACUUUCAUUUUGAAAAAAAAAAGGCUUGGAAAUAGCAAAGUGCUACUUGUAAUUAUUGCCCUAUAACUUUCCAAAAAAGCUAAGAACAUGUUAACAUUGGGUAUUUCUAAACUUAGGACAAAAUGUAGAAACUAUUUAGCAUGUUUUUUUUUGGCGGUUGUAGAUGUAGAUUUUGGAGCUCAAAGUUAGAAAAAGUGUGUAUUUUAAAAAUAUUUUUAUAGUAAAUUAUAUGAUAUGAUGAAAAUAAUGGUAUCUUUAGAAAGACAAUUUAAUGGCGAGAUAAACGGUAUAUAAUAAAUGACAGCCCUGGUCCUUAACAGUAAGAAACUUGAAAAAUGGUCUGAUCACUAAGGGGUUAAACAAGAAAGAGUUGUAUUUACAGCCAGGCCCGGACUGGCCAUCGGGAAAACCGGGCAGAUGCCCGGUUGGCCGCGAUGGCCACGGGCCGAGGCCGGGGAGAUCCAGCUGGUCUAUGCAGGGCCGGCGCUAUCCGAUGGGGCGUGCUUGUCAAUGGGGAUAACAAAACACACCCUAUCUGGCCCCGCCCCCUUUUCAGGUGGCCGCUGUGAAUAAAAAAUGCCCGGGCCAAUUUUUUCCCCCAGUCCGGCCCUGUUUACAGCGUUAUUUGCUCACAUUUUCUAAGGGUGCCAAUAUUAGUGGAGUGCAUUGUACCUAGUUGAGGUUGUCAUGUACUGCGAUUAGAUUUCACAUAGAUAAAGAAUGCAAAACUUUAGAAUCAUGAGAAUCAAUUUGGGUCAUUUUUUAAAUGAUUUAAUAUAACUUUUCAAAGGAUUUAAUAUUUUUUUUAAAAAGGUCUUAAUAUUUUCACAAUUUUAACAGUUUAUCCAGAAAUAUGAAUUCAUUUGAAAAGUGUAUCCAAAAAUUAUAAAUCAAGGUCAUUGUUUGAGUAAUGGAUUUAUUAAUUGUCCAUCAUUAUCAUUAUCCAGACUAGAUUUUUUUUGUGGAUAAAGCUUUGCUUACUACAGUGAUUGUUUGAAUAACAAAAACAGACUUCCUGCUGACAGUUUCUGUUUAUUGUGGAUCUCUGAAUAUUUGAUAUUCUUACAAUCCCAUCUUUUUCUUGGUGAUAAUUUGUAACAUGUCCUCGAGGCUCUACCAAUGUGAUCAAGGGAUUGUUUAUAUUUUGGUUAUUGUCACAAAUAACUCUGAACUGGCAAUGUCCAUUUUUACUCCUCUUACAAACCUUUCUGGACAUAUUUUAUAAACAUAACAAAAAAAGUGUUUGUUUUUGUUUUCUCACAAUAUAUUAAAUAGGAGGAGAAUGAUACUAAUUAUUAAAUUUUUCACUUUUUUGCAGAAAAUGUCCUUAGUAACCAACUGUAACUAAUCAGAUCGGUAGUAUAAAACCUUCUCUUGACUUCUGUGAAUUUUAAGUGAUUUUAAUAUUUUAGACCAAAAAGGCCGAACUGAUGACCAAAAAUGACUUUAUCCAUUACAGCUUUUUUUGUCUGAAAUGUUGCAUUUAUUGCGAAUUUACUUUAAAUUCUUGAUAAUUCACACUGGUGGCAAAUCCUGUUAAUUAUAUUCAGUAACAUAUUUAUCAAUGUUUCUAGUCCAUCUUCCAGUGAAAUCUAAUGGUGUGAUGAUAAUAAUUUCAACAUAAUGGCAAAUGGUGUCACGAGGGAGGUUGACGGUUUGCAUUUGUUCAUGUAUUGAGAAAAGCAUAUGUUGUGCAGGUAACAGACAAUAUGUAUUUUUAUUGUGUUUAAAUCCUUUUAUUAUAGCACAAAUACCGACAGCAGCCACAUACGUUCAAGCACACGACUGUUACAGAUUCCCUGGACCUUCUCCAUGCAAAAUUCAGUAACAAGAUAACCAACGAGGUGAGAUAUUUGUGGGACUGUGUGACAAGUCGUGGCCAAACUGGGCUUCUCCACAUGACGUGUGGAGUGUUGGUUAAUGACCAUUCAUUUUCAAAUGAAUUGAGAUUUGUCUGAAAUCCCGAACUCCAAAACACUAUAUGGACGAAUCAUGAAACAAACGAAGCAGGACGAAGGAUGAAGCUGUUUAAAUUGGUUAAUGAUUCAGACUUUGGUCCGUGGUGCCAAAUAAAAUACCAUGGACUGUGAGAAGGGGCUGCUGGUUGCUUUAGACUGAUGUUUGCCACUGCUGGGAUUUCAUUGGCCAUAUAUGGUGGACGAGGACAAUGACAACUAUAGACCAGUAAUGGUUAGUCCUGCCAUCUUUAUGAAAGAGGUUGCUGUUGGCAAACAUCAGACAUUUUCCCAAUUUUUAAAAGUUUCUCUAGUCUGGAAGGAACGUGAACUAGGUUUUGACAAAUUGUUGUCUGAGGUUUAUGCAAGUUACUGUAUAGUUUAGUAAAAGUUCCAUACAUUUCUAGAAUUCUAUGGUAUUCCUAACCUCAAAACAGUUACCAGUAACUCAACAUUUAAUUGUCUUUUUGACUAGCGUUUGUACAAAGCUGCGGCAGAAGAGUCCCUUCACCAUUACACCACUAUUCUUGGACUGCCGGAACAUAUCAGAGCCAAAUUAAAUGCAGUGAACUUCAGUGAUGUGAGUGUCCCAUAUAUGUCUACACGUAGCAAUCGCAAUAAUGCUUAAUUAUUUACAUGAUUUUUUACAUGAUUUUUGCAGAUUAAAUAUAGGGAGUCUUGGCUGAACGCACGUGCUCAGGGUCACAAGCUGACUAUGGAAGCCAUGCAAUUUCAAGCCGCUAAGUCUUCUGGGAACAUUGCCAGCGAUGUGAGUAUUAUAUGGGUAAAAACAAAUUCUCUAAGUCCGUUAUUCAUCGAGUAUAAUUUAAUUGUCCUUGAAUUUGAAUUCUCACUUUGGUGAAUAUCCCUGCAAACAAUUGUCUACAUUGAACAAGAUUGCUGAAAUUCCUGCAGGAAUUGCUAUUUACCAUUUACUCCCGAGUGCUCUGGGUACUGGAUAAGAGCUGUGUCUGUUUGCUGUGUGUCCCACCUAUUAUGGUGGCCCAAACCACCCUUGUAUCGGCCCACGCUACUGAUUGUUUGGUUAUCCUAGGUCGACACAGUGCAGUAUAAAUACAUCUUUAUAGAGAGCAUAUGUUGUGUAAAUAUAAACACCUGACAUGUUCCACCACAAGCAUGUACCUCACUCCUCGACUCUUCGUUGUGUAUUAAUUUGUGGAUAAAUGUAGAAUAAUAUGGAUUAUGGUUGAGUUGUGUCGGCCACGUGUUUGUGUGACCGUUUCUUUUUUUAUAUCCAGUGCAAAUACAAACACAACUAUCUAUCGGAGAAAGGGAAGCACAUUGGGGCCAGGAGUAUUUUAGAUGACCCGAAGAUGCUGCACUGUCUGCGCAUGGCCAAGUUACAGAGUGAGCAGCAGUACAGAAAGGAAUCCCACCACCUUCACUCUCAUUAUCACCUGCCGAUGGACAUGGUCAAUCUAGUCCAUGCUAAGAGGGCCCAAGCGCUAGCCAGCGACCAAGACUACAAAAUAAAGCUGCACGAGUACACUGCGGAGCCCGAGGAUGUGAAACUGCUGUGCGCCAAGAGAGCUCAUCUGCUGCAGAGUGAGGUGGGUGAAUGAUGAUGAAUGGGGUUAUAUUUAAAGAACACUGCGCCAAAGUUCCACACAUGCAACAAAUAGUGCAUUGGUUUCCAUGGUGACUGCUUCACUUUUCAGCCCUUAAUCCAGAAGCGCUCUUCUCCACUGGAAAUGGAAGUGCUACCAGGAACACGCAGAUUUGAUUAUAAUGAGAUCCCCAUGUGGUAUAAAUUCAUACUUUACAGAAAAGUGAAAAAUCCUAUUUUAGAGGUAAAAUAUGGAGAUUGAGGUAUAUAUCAGGAUCAUGCUGACAUCAAUUAGUAGAAUCUCUGCAAUAAAACCUGACGCAGAUAAUGUUUAUAAAAAUCCAAAAAGCCCUGGUUUAAUUUGUCCCACAGCAUUCACUCACACUGCACUUAUUGGGGAACCUCACUUUUAUUGGGGAACCUCACUUCUAGGGGCACCAGAGAGCAAACCCAAUCACAAGGUGGGGUGGUGGACUGAGCGUAUAGCAAUAUUAGCAAAUCAUCCGAUAGGGACCAUGAGUGGUUCUGGGUUUCAAUAUUCCCGUUCAAUCUAAUCUAAAUCUUAUUAUUCUCUGUACUAGUAACUAAUUCACUUUUAUAAAGAGUAUUAUUGGUUGGUAAUUGCUAAAAGCAGCUGUAACGUUACAAUCCCGCCUGUUGUAUAUUGUUACCGUCGGAUGUUACUAUUAUUGAAGGAAAUGAGGUCACAUGACAGUUUGUAUGUUCCUUUACGUGAAAUAAAGACAGAACGAUCAGAAUUCUUAUUAUUAAUUAAGAACCUUCAAAAUAAUAAAACAAAAAGAAUUCUUGAUGCCCGGCAGAAACAAGGCCGUCUUGUACUGUGAUUCAUGUUAAUUCACCAGAGGAGCUGCUCUCAUAUCAGACACGAUGCAUUAUUCACCGUCGUGUACUGCCAACAAAUGCAAACACUUCCACUUGACAGCUUGAUGUGCAUAGAAAAUGAAUAAGAUUGAAUUCAAUUAUUAAUUCAGAUCAAAGAGACUCUUUAUAGCUCUAAUCAUCUUAGAUUGAAAUCUAUAAUGCAGAAAGUGCAUAUCACACGCUUUAAAUAUGGUUGAAAACUGUAGCGUGUGGCGUGUUUUUCAUUGUACUGAGAGCCUGACCCUUACAUCCACUGAGGGCGGCUUCAAUAAAGAUAAAUUAGGAAAGGGAAACGAACAAAAACAGAAAUUAACUUAGAACUUGUAUUUACUUCCUUUUUACCUCGUUUUUAUGUUUUCAUCAUAUUUAAAUGGAUCUGUCUGCCUGUUUAAUAAUAUAUCUAAUGUCUCGAAUCUUUGUAACCUAUCUAGUCUGUCUGUCUCUAUGUCUGACUAUAUGUCUGUCUAUCAAUCUAUUAAUGUAUUCAUCUAAAUAUCCAUCUAAUCUCUCAAAUCUUUGCAAUCUAUCUAGUCUGUCUGUCUGACUGUCUAUACGUCUAUCGAUCUAUUAAUGUAUUCACCUUACCUUCCAUCUAAUGUCUUUGCAAAUAAAUCUAUCACACAGACAGCUGCUUAAACCUCCAUUCAAGUUAGGAAAAGUCUGACCCUGACAUGCAGGAUACUUAGAACAGUCGCCUAUUACCAGACAUUAGAGGCGGUUGCUGGACGCCAUACCUAGAUUCAGGUAAAGAGUAAACCAGAAUGAGCCAAGGUCUUAGGGAUCCAUAAAAAUUAUAGAACAAGCUCAAGGGAUAAGGGAAAACGAGUACUAGCAGGGUCACAAUACCAAAAGACAAAAAGUACACGAUGACUCGCUCUGAGGUACACAAAGGUAACCACCACAAGACCACAAUCUGUGGUGAGAGUUAAAAAGACCUCAUCAGCCAGUGUCUUUCCUGCAAAAAUGAAAUGAGCAGGUAUGGAGUCACUUGGAUGAAGCACAUGUCCAACAUCAGUCAUGAUGCCACAAAGCAGGGGACACAAAGCAGGGACAUCAGGAGAUAUCAUGAGAAUCAACAGUCAGUGUCUGCAUUUUUCCAAAGUUACCUAAAUUAGCGGAUUUCUGAGGAAAACUGUACUAUUACACUGCAUCACAAUGAACACCGUAGUAUUCAUCUGUAACCCCUAGGAGGCAGACUAAUAGUUCUCAAGGCAGAGCGAUGGUCUAGCGUUUUGCCACUAACUACAUUGGCGCAGAACUGAGAAAUAUCUAUAUCCUGACCUGUUGAUAUACCUUGAGGACGAGCUAAGGAUCCCUGUGGUCUAACACACACACACAGGGUCAUUCCAUAAAAUAUGAAAUGUCAGGAUUGAAAGUGAAUUUCAAAUUUUAGGUCAAAGUAUGUAAACUGAAGACGUGCCUGAAAGUUCAAUUGCUACUUCAACUAACAACUCUUACACGUAUACAACGUGUGUGUGUAUGAUGGUGUAUGUAUACGUUUAUAAAUGUAUAUACUGUUUUGGACUACAAUGAGAUGUAUUUUUUAUCCAUUCAUGUUCCCAGUAAAUAUGUCACUGAAGGUUGUUUUGCUGUCAUUUGAAGAUGAAUAUUCAUCCCCCUUCGCGUUUCAUUUUCUCUAGAGUAUAGAGCAGAUUCUAGGCUCUCUAUUAUUAAACAAUACUGAUUGUCUUACCUGUAAGAACAGAUUUAUCACUUGUUUGAUGGAUUCUCCACAGGGAGCUGUAAAAAUACAAAGCUGUGAUUAAUUAUCAAUAAAGAUUUUUUUCUCUUUCACAGUCACGGUACAAAUCGGACUUAAACUUCAUGAGGGGAGUGGGCUGGCAGGCAGCUGGAUCCCCUCACAUCGAAAGCGUGAAGAAGGCUGGCGAGCUUAUUAGCGAGGUAUUUCUGUAGAGGAUAUAAACGUGUGGCAUAUCGUCAUUGUGUCACUUGAUGUGAACUCUGACCCCAAGCAGCAGUUUAAAGUCAAACUAAUAUUAAAAAUACAUGUAGAUUUAUUGUAGCAGGUGUUGGGGAGCCAUUCGGUUUAAGAGAUGGUGAGGUUUAUUUAUGGUGUUGGGGGCCAUUCGGUUUAGGAGAUCGUGAGGUUUAUUUAUGGUGUUAGGAAGCCAUUCGGUUUAAGAAAUGAUGAGGUUUAUUUAUGGUGUUGGGGAACCAUUUGGUUUAGGAGGUGGUAAGGUUUAUUUAUGGUGUUGGAGAGCCUUUUGGUUUAGGAGGUGGUAAGGUUUAUUUAUGGUGUUGGAGAGCCAUUCGGUUUAGGAGAUGGUGAGGUUUAUUUAUGGUGUUGGAGAGCCAUUCGGUUUAGGAGAUGGUGAGGUUUAUUUAUGGUGUUGGGGGCCAUUCGGUUUAGGAGAUGGAUGAGAUUUAUUUAUGGGGUUAGGGAGCCAUUUGGUUUAGGAGGUGGUGAGGUUUAUUAAUGGUGUUGGAAAGCCAUUUGGUUUAGGAGAUGGUGAGGUUUAUUUAUGGUGUUGGGGGGCCAUUCGGUUUAUGAGAUGGUGAGGUUUAUUUAUGGUGUUGGGGGGCCAUUCGGUUUAGGAGAUGGUGAGGUUUAUUUAUGGUGUUGGGAAGCCAUUUGUUUUAGGAGAUGGUAAGGUUUAUUUAUGGUGUUGGGGAACCAUUUGGUUUAGGGGGUGGUAAGGUUUAUUUAUGGUGUUGGGGGGCAAUUCGGUUUAGGAAAUGGUGAGGUUUAUUUAUGAUGUUGGGAAGCUAUUUGGUUUAGGAGAUGGUGAGGUUUAUUUAUGAUGUUGGGAAGCUAUUUGGUUUAGGAGAUGGUGAGGUUUAUUUAUGGUGUUCGGAAGCCAUUUGGUUUAGGAGAUGGUGAGGUUUAUUUAUGGUGUUGGGAAGCUAUUUGGUUUAGGAGAUGGUGAGGUUUAUUUAUGGUGUUGGGGAGCCAUUUGGUUUUGGAGAUGGUGAGGUUUAUUUAUGGUGUUGGGAAGCUAUUUGGUUUAGGAGAUGGUGAGGUUUAUUUAUGGUGUUCGGAAGCCAUUUGGUUUAAGAGAUGGUGAGGUUUAUUUAUGGUGUUCGGAAGCCAUUUGGUUUAAGAGAUGGUGAGGUUUAUUUAUGGUGUUCGGAAGCCAUUUGGUUUAAGAGAUGGUGAGGUUUAUUUAUGGUGUUGGGAAGCCAUUUGGUUUAGGAGAUGGUGAGGUUUAUUUAUGGUGUUUGGGUGGCCAUUCGGUUUAGUAGGUGGUGAGGUUUAUUUAUGGUGUUGGGGGGCCAUUCGGUUUAGUAGGUGGUGAGGUUUAUUUAUGGUGUUGGGAAGCCAUUUGGUUUAGGAGAUGGUGAGGUUUAUUUAUGGUGUUGGGUGGCCAUUUGGUUUAGGAGAUGGUGAGGUUUAUUUAUGGUGUUGGGAAGCUAUUUGGUUUAGGAGAUGGUGAGGUUUAUUUAUGGUUGUUGUAUAGUUCCAUCCAUCUCCUCUGCAAUCAGUGUGUAAGUUAAGGAUAACUGGAAAUAAUAAAAGGAAAUAAUUAACAUGUAGCUGCUCUGUAAAUGGGACAAAACCUGUCUACGUUGGGAAGAGCUAUUACAAUACUUGUAUUUUCACUGUUUUCUUAUAUUGCAUGGAAAGUUAACUGUUGGAACCACUGUACUAUUCCAUGGGAAAAUAAAAUAGAAAUAAAAAAAACAUAGAAGAAAGUAAAAGGCCCAUCACAUCAACACAAUUAAUUUGGAAAUAUUAUAUGUCCCUGUCCCAAAGGGCUUACGAUCUAGACCUAUGCUCUACUGUGCGCUUUUAAGUUGAUUCAGCAUGCAGUUUAUGGAUCUGUGUCUUCCAUUGUCUGUUUGCUAAAGAUAAUGUGUUUGAAUUAUUAUAUUCCAAACAGAUAGCAGGAUAAAUACAGAAAAUAUAACAUAUAUGACUGUGGACUGUAGAAGCCGAAUGUCUCAAAUAUUGUUGUGUGUCCUUGUUCUGUCUUGCUUUAUAAAGUGUUGGGUGUGUUGCAAAGUGUUUUGUGAUCCAUCAAUGCCAGAGAAUUAGGGUAAAUCUAAUAAAACAGGCUUGAUAAUAAAAUGACGAAUAUCUGAGUUUAAUGUGAUUUUAUUAUAUGUGUAGACCAAAUAUCGUCAGAAUCCUGGCUCAAUGACUUUCACCACAGUGGUAGAUUCUCCAGAUCUCCUCCACGCAAAGAACAGCUACCUCCAGUGCAAUGAGGUAAGAAAAAGAUCAUUCACAUUAGCUAGAUUAUUUUACCCAUAACAUUUAACCCAUCCUGUAGAGCCUGGACACCCGAGGAGUUGGUCCUCUGAGCAGCCAGGCUCCAUACAAUAACAGUGUUGGCUGGUCAUUUUUCAUGUGUCUUGUGUGUAAAAGCAAUUAACUAUUACAAUUAUUUAUAGCACCAACAUAUUCCGUUGCCCCGUACAUAAAAAACAAGACAAACAUUUAAUUCUAACAAAGUGUGUUACAGCAUUGCGUGUCCAACCUUUUGGCUUCCCUGGGCCGCAAUGAAGAAGAAUUUACUUGGUCCACCCUUCAGAUAUAUAAUAUAGUUUAUUUAAAUAAGUAAUAAAACAUUAAAGCCCUUUUAGUAUAUUUGUAUCUUUGUAUAAUUUGUAUAUUUCAAUUGUUCUCCCUGGUGGCCAGUGGUUGCUGCUAUGAUGGGAUCGCUGUGCUCUUCCUGCACAGGUUCUUUGCGUGCCUACUACUACAACAUUUCAAAUAAACUACGCACUACCGAUUCUUGUUCUUGGCCUGGUCCUCUUGUCCUAUGAGAUAAUUCUGUUAACAUCAAUCAGCAAUUAUUUUGGUCAGUUGAUGUGUGACCCCUUCCUCUAAUUACAUAUUUCCUGUAAAAAAAAAAAAAAAACACCUGGCCAUUGCACAUUAUAUGUGGCACUUUUUAAAAGACACGUUAAGAUUCCGUAGUUUCCUAGUUCAGAAAAUGCUCCGUCUAUGUGUUUAGUUGUGACAUGUUGUACGGAAGUGCUGGCUUUGCUGAAGUCCAUCCAUAGACGUUCUGUUUUCUGUCUGUCUAUUUGCAGAGAUUGUACAAAUUGGGAGACUCCGAUGCAAUUCACAGGUCGUCAUUGCCUCCUGAUCACCCAGACUUUAUAAGAGCUCGCAUCAAUGCAUCUCAGAUAAGUGACGUACGUGGAAUUAACCAUUUCUGUAGUGCUAUUCGUGAUAGAUGUGACAAGUCAGUUUCUCUUCUUCUUUUGCUACUGUCUGGGACCUUGAUUUAAGCUUAGCUCAUACCAUGGAUAAUAAUCUGGUAAUUAACACGCGAGGUAGCACUGCAGUAGAAACCAUGGUUGGCUGCUGGCACUGUUAUGCAUGAUGUGGUUGCUGGCUAUUAAAUACAUGUUGUGGUUGGUUGGUGGCUAUGUUAUACAUGUUGUGGUUGGUUGGUGGCAAUGGUAUACAUUGUAACGGAUCACCUGGCACCCCGACUGGGUACCUCCGUUGAAGGAUGCUCCUAGCGUUUCCUGAGGACUCCAAGCACUCUGGCAGACACCACAAUCACCGAACCAGAGAAGCGUAUACCUUCUCUCAAGCAUAUGAAUGCUAUAAACAGCUGAAUAGGCAGGGGUUUAGACUCCUAGCAGUCAAACUGGACCAGCAUACAAUAAAUCCUUCCCCAAUAAUGAGAUGACACUUCACUUUGAGGGUUAAGCAGGAACUCCACUGUAAUGGCCACACACUGGCUUUUAUGCAAGUCCCCAUGCAAGGGGACAUCCCACAGGGUGGGACACAGUACAACCAAUCAUUUACAGGAGAACCGUAAAACACACCCAGCACAAACAUACAUCCCUCCCCUCUGCCUGUGAUAUAAUUACUGAACACAAUGGGUUAAUGUAAUUUAUCACAGGCAGGAAAAAUACGCUUUUUAUACAUACACUGUAACUUUAAAAAUAUGCACCAUAUUCACAUAAAACAUACAUAUUCAGAAUCAGCAUACUUUAAAUAUAUACACCAACAUUCAGCCAAUUCCAUCUAGGGGUUAAAAAGUUAAGGGAAAGUCCUAUUUGACAAAAUGAAGCAUGGCUUUUCUGCCUAAAACCAGUUCCACAGAGUCUUCUAUCCUGGAGAUAAUUGGGAAGUAAUCCAAUUAUCUCCAAGGACAGAGGCAAAACUCCAUUAGCCACAUGGCAGACAAAGGAGAAUAAAAGACAUAAAAAUACAUACUGUUACAUUUAUCACAUAGAACAUACACAUUCUACCUAUCCCCAGAUAGCUUAGAUCUGAGCGCACAUUAUUACCGGAUGGUGCUCAGAUCACAUACAUACCGUUCAAUCGCCAUGGAGCCAAAGUCUUUCAUACAGUCUUUCAGUAUACGGCUGGGCUCCAUGGCAUAGCUAUCUGGGGUAGCAUGGCUUUAACAGUCCGCAGAAAGGCACGAAUAAACCUUUCUGCAGGGAAAAUAAAAGAUUAAAAUGCAGGACCAUAGUUUAAAGGGAGCAGGUGAGCAACCAGGCCUCUCCAGUGGACAGUGGCGAGGUUGGUUCCGCCACAUACAUCAUCACUGCUUUCCUACAAUUUCUGUUCUAAUGGUAUUCACAUUGUGGUUGGUGGCAAUGUUAUACACCCAGAUCUUCUCCUGAUCUUCUCCAAUUCUAGAAAGCUUACAGAACGUUGUGGGAACAGUCCCGGGCGGCUGGCUAUGACCUGAGAUUGGAUGCCAUCCCGUUCCAGACUGCCAAGGCUUCCAGAGAGAUUGCUAGUGAUGUAAGUUUGUAUAUCCUUGAUGAAUGUGUGUAACUUUAAUUCCAAACUUGAAAUAUUUGAGCAAUGUUUGACCAUAUGAACGUAUGUCUAAAACUUGGGCAACACAUGCUCCGUUUGUUUCUGAAACAUGGCUAAAGCUAACUGUAUUUCUGCAAUAUUGGGUAUAUUUUCCAUCAUUUGUUUCCUCCUUUCCACUGGGGAAUGAAAGCAGGAUCAACCCAGGAACUAAACCAGAGAAAAACAGUGAAAACUAUUACAUCAUUCAAGUUCUUCUGUGUUAACCCAGUUGCGAAGCUGCCAAUGGACACCACGGGGCUCUUGCUGCAGGGUGACCUUAUUGAGUUUAAAGAAAUGAUGUAAACUCAAUACAAAGAGAUCAUCCCUUAAACAUCCACAUCUUUUGCAUCUAAUCCCCACAACAGCUGCAGUUUCUCUUGAUUUUUUUGACUACAUUUGCUAAUGGCCCUCAACUCUAGGGAAUCUAUAAAGCAUGCUUCCAACUCAAUUGAUUGAGAACUCAAUGUACAUUGCUAAACGAUACAAGUAAGGCCAGUAAGGUUUGUCAUGUAUAAAUAGGGGCAGAAAUUCUCGGGAUGAAAAUAUAAUUUUGCCUCUAUAAAUCGCUGGUAAGACCACACCUGGAGAAAGUGCAGAGACAAGCUACAAAAUUGCCUUUUUUUGGAUCAGCAGCGAAACCAUUUUAGUUAUGAAAAAAGGUUAAAAAAUGUAAAUCUCUUUAGUUUGGAAAAACGGCGCCUGAGAGGGGAUAUGAUAACAUUAUACAAAUAUAUUCGGGGCCAGUACAAACCAUUAUCUGGAAAUCUAUUCAUAAACAGGGCUAUACAUAGGACACAAGGUCACACAUUUAGGCUGGAAGAAAGGAGAUUUCAUCUAAGGCAAAGAAAAGGUUUUUUUGGUUUUGUUUUUUACCAUAAGAGUAAUAAGGAUAUGGAAUUCUCUGCCUGAAGAGGUGGUUUUGUCAGAGUCCAUACAGAUGUUUAAACUGCAAUUGGAUAAAUACUUACAAAAACAUAACAUACAGGGAUAUAAUUUCUAAUUAGUGGGGUAAUAGCUGCUUGAUCCAAGGAGACAUCUGACUGCUAUUUUGGGGUCAAGAAGGAUUUUUUUCCUAGUUUGUUGCAAAAUUGGAAGCGCAUCAGACUAGGUUUUUUGCCUUCUUUUGGAUCAAAAGCAAAAACAUAUGUGAGGAAGGCUGAACUUGAUGGAUGCCUGAAGUCUCUUUUCAACUAUGUAACUAUGUAACUAUGUAACAAGAUUUCUGUACUUUUCAAGAGGAAGGGAUAACACACAACAGUGGAGAAAUUGUGCCAGUGAGUUUUGCAGUUUUUGUUUCUGCUUGAUAUUUUUUGUCACUAUCAUUACCUACCCUGGGUGAGGCUCUUCACAACUUAACUCAUUGAUCUCAUUCAUUUUAUAGAUUCCCAUCAUUUUCUUGGCUUUCAUUUUCCUCUUUCUUUAUUUGAAUUUUCCAUGGAUGUAGUCAAGUCAGUUGUCUUAUUAUUCCUUUCUCUUUUUUAGUUCCGCUACAAAGAAGCCUUUGUUAAGGAUAAGGGUCAUCAGAUUGGAUUCCGCAGCAUUUCUGAUGACCUUAAGGCCAUGCACGCUAUGAGGGUCAGCAAAAUGCAGAGUGACAAAGAAUACAAAAGACUUUCUGAACAGGGCAGAGCAAACGUCAGGACCCACCUUGACCAACCCAGGUUCGUCCAGGCCAAAAAGAGUCAACAGCAAGCCAGUAAUGUCAACUAUCGUCAGCACCUUCACCAGUACACAUGUGACCCUCAACAACUCAAUCUGAAGCAUGCCAAACAAGCGCACAGUCUGCAGAGCGAUGUGAGUAUACACAAUGUAACGAGACAUUAAACAAUGUCACUGCAUGCCACUUCCUAAUGACUUCUCAAUUAACUAAUUAUUCAAAGGUUGAGCUUAGAUCAACCAGCUUAAAAGCACAGGUGCCACAUCAUUCCAUAUAAGACAAAAAUGGUGUGUGAAACAUGAACGGUAUAGUGGAGAGCAAGCUUGCAAAUAAUUUAUCACGGAACCAUUCCCCACGUGCCACAUAAAUUGAUGGUAGAUGGUUCUCUUUGCAAGUCUUGGUUAUUGGUAAUUAAGUCACACAAAUUUACCAACGCGCUCUUUAUAAUCAGUUUCCCGUUUUUUUUUAUUUCAAAUUGAUCAAAAAUACACAUGGUCUGUGUAUUUUGUAUCAAUUUCUGCUCAGCUCGAGUUCUUUUUCAUAUCAGAUCUUCAUUUCAGAUAUUCUUUUGUGAUCAUUAAAGUCAGCAGGACUGACAGAGCACCCAAAGGCCUUAUUAGUACAGACGUCUCUUGUCAACCACUAAAAUAUGAUUUAGCCAAAAUGAGCUAGAUCAUGGCUAGUACUGGUCAGUAAGUAUUCAGCUGGCCACCCUGCCCCUAUUUUGGAGUGUUUCUAAUUCUAGUGCCCUAAGAGUGGCAAACGAUUAGUCUCAUUAUUGAAUAUCUGGUAAUGACUGAUGGCAGUUAAUUAGAACAGGUGCAAUUUCAUGUCUGAGUGACCUAAUGGAAGGCUAAUAAAUGAAUAUCUGCAGCCUACUUAUCUUUCCAUAGUUAUCUUAUUAUCAGGUCAGAGAAUAGACCUCCAAGGUCUUUGUCAAGCUUGACAAAGACCGUGUAGGUCGAAACGUUGUGUGAAAUUGGGCUCCAAUAAAUUGCAGUUUCUGAACCUUGGAGUGCCUAAACCUUUUUGUACUUUCUACAUACUGUUAUUGGGACGUGGUGCUGAGUCACGGUUUGGUUGCACCCUGGCUCAGAGUGAUGGGAUAGAGUGCAGUUCCAUAUUGUUUCUUGAAGAGAAUAGACCCCUGACCCAAUAACUAUUUGUAUCCAUUAUUAUUAUCCAUUAUAGCGACCAGAAUGUGAUGCCCCUUGUCUUAUCUUUUACUCCAGGUGAAAUACAAAUCAGAUCUGAACUGGAUGAAGGGCAUUGGUUGGACCCCACCUGGCUACUACAAGGUGGAACUGGCACGUAGGGCAGCGGAAUUGGCAAACACAGAAGAAGAGCCAGAUUUUAGCGAGGAAUCUGAACAUUUCAUAGUAUGUAUUAUGUGACUUGGAUAGCGGAUGUUCUAGGUCUGUCUACGUCUUGUUGUCUACGUAUCAGGGUGAGCUAUAGGGGUGGAUUUACUUUAUCUGCAACUUCCACGGAUUCUCUUUAAAGUCGCCCACCCAACUAGUUUGUUAACAGUGUGCAUGUCCAUAAUGGGAUCUCACCCUGUCAAUCAGCCACUCACCCAGUCACAAACCGCACAAGUCACUUUCAGCCACACACCCAGUCACAUUCAUUUAGCCACACACCCGUGUUGCAUACACACACACUCACGCUCAGCCACACAUCAAGUCAGAUUCAUUUAGCCACACACCAUGUUGCAUACACACACACAGUCACACUCAGCCACACACCCAGUCACAUUCAUUUAGCCACACACCCAGUCGCUGUGCUCUUCCUGCACAGGUUCUUUGCGCGCCUACUACUACAACAUUUCAAAUAAACUGCGCACUACCGAUUCUUGUUCUUGGCCUGGUCCUCUUGUCCUAUGAGAUAAUUCUGUUAACAUCAAUCAGCAAUUAUUUUGGUCAGUUGAUGUGUGACCUCCUCUAAUUACAUAUUUCCUGUAGAAAAAAAAAAACACCUGGCCAUUGCACAUUACAUGUGGCACUUUUUAAAAGACACGUUAAGAUUCCGUAGUUUCCUAGUUCAGAAAAUGCUCCGUCUAUGUGUUUAGUUGUGACAUGUUGUACGGAAGUGCUGGCUUUGCUGAAGUCCAUCCAUAGACGUUCUGUUUCUAUCUGUCUAUUUGCAGAGAUUGUACAAGUUGGGAGACCUCAGUAGCACACCCAGUCACAUACCUCGAUACAGUCACACUCAGUAACACACCCAGUCACAUACCUCGAUACAGUCACACUCAGUAACACACCCAGUCACAUACCUCGAUACAGUCACACUCAGUAGCACACCCAGUCACAUACCUCGAUACAGUCACACUCAGUAGCACACCCAGUCACAUACCUCGAUACAGUCACACUCAGUAGCACACCCAGUCACAUACCUCCUUACAGUUACACUCAGUAACACACCCAGUCACAUACCUCGAUACAGUCACACUCAGUAACACACCCAGUCACAUACCUCGAUACAGUCACACUCAGUAGCACACCCAGUCACAUACCUCGAUACAGUCACACUCAGUAGCACACCCAGUCACAUACCUUGAUACAGUCACACUCAGUAGCACACCCAGUCACAUACCCAGUCACAUACCUCAAUACAGUCACACUCAGUAGCACAUCCAGUCACAUACCUCGAUACAGUCACACUCAGUAACACACCCAGUCACAUACCUCGAUACAGUCACACUCAGUAACACACCCAGUCACAUACCUCGAUACAGUCACACUCAGUAACACACCCAGUCACAUACCUCCUUACAGUCACACUCAGUAACACACCCAGUCACAUACCUCGAUACAGUCACACUCAGUAACACACCCAGUCACAUACCUCGAUACAGUCACACUCAGUAACACACCCAGUCACAUACAUCCUUACAGUCACAUACCCCCUUUUUGUUACAUACAAGCACGCACCUAGUCACAUUCACGCCACCCACUGACUUGCAUAGAUUUACCAAACAAUGAAGACAAUUUCACCUACCAGCCCACCAACUGUUAUGCACAAUCUCACAGACACAGUUCAUAUAAUCUGUCUGGGUUUAGUGUAUUUUGAGCCCAGACUGUGCAAUAUGUUAAACAUAUUGAUUGAUUUUUUUUUUCUCUCCAAGAACCAGAGGGCGUCUGACUCUUUACAGCAGAGCGGGGUGAAUCUGGAUGCUUCAGAGAUCCUGCAAGUCAAACGGAAGAAAAUGCUACCUGUGAGGAAAUAAAUGUGGGCGGCACCAGUGCAAUAAAUAUUUCUAAUCAAUGAAAACCGUAUUAAAAGUUACAACAUAUUGCUUUAACCCUUUACUGGAUGUGACAUAUAACACGAAUAUAGACAAUGCGCGAUUUAACCCUUUACUGGAUGUGACAUUUAACACGAAUAUUGACAAUACGCGAUUUAACUCUUUACUGGAUGUGACAUAGAACACGAAUAGUAACAUAUAACACGAAGAUUGACAAUAAGGGAUUUAACCCUUUACUGGAUGUGACAUAUAACACGAAUAUCGACAAUAUGCCAUUUAACCCUUUACUGGAUGUGACAUAUAACACGAAUAUCGACAAUAUGCCAUUUAACCCUUUACUGGAUGUGACAUAUAACACGAAUAUCAACAAUAUGCCAUUUAACCCUUUACUGGAUGUGACAUAUAACAUGAAUAUUGACAAUACGCGAUUUAACCCUUUACUGGAUGUGUCAUAUAGCACGAAUAUUGACAAUACGUGAUUUAACCGUUUACUGGAUGUGACAUAGAACACGAAUAUUGACAAUACAUGAUUUAACCCUUUACUGGAUGUGACGUAUAACACGAAUAUCAACAAUACGCGAUGUGACAUUUAACACGAAUAUCGACAAUACGCGAUUUAACCCUUUACUGGAUGUGACAUAUAACACGAAUAUUGACAAUACGCGAUUUAACCCUUUACUGGAUGUGUCAUAUAACACGAAUAUCGACAAUACGUGAUUUAACCGUUUACUGGAUGUGACAUAGAACACGAAUAUUGACAAUACAUGAUUUAACCCUUUACUGGAUGUGACGUAUAACACGAAUAUCAACAAUACGCGGUGUGACAUUUAACACGAAUAUCGACAAUACGCGAUUUAACCCUUUACUGGAUGUGAUGUGUUUCAGAGCUAAUGGCUCACUGCAAGCUGAUAGAAUUCUAUUUGUUUACUUGUUAAAUGCAGAUUUCUCUGCACUUUAUUAGCCUCUUCCUUGCAGCCAUGUUUAGAAUAUUCCAGAUCUCCUGCGUCCCAUGCACCAUUAGUUCUGACACUUUUAGCAAAAAUGCUACGUGUCUGCACAGUCUGCUAUUUCUUGCACCUAAAAUGUGUAAUCAGUUUUUCUAAAUAGCAAAUGGAUUUUAGAAAGCUUAAUACAAUGGUUUAAUGUAUCUCUUUAGUAACGUUAUCUGCUCACAAUUAACAUAUUACCAACAGCGCAGUAUGUGGUCCGUUAUAUCCAAAUACGGCCGAAAAUCACAGAAAGACCUUAAUUGUCAGGGUAUUCACUGGUCUCUUUCACUGGAGAUCUUACGGCUUGCGGACAUUCUGUGCGUUAUCUCUUUAUACCUUAUAGUCUGUUGCUGUUCUUUAUGACACACAAUAAUCAAUAGAGAAUCUGCAGCCAAGGCUUUCAUUAAUUAACAUCUCCCCGUAUUUCAAUGGUCACUUAUAUUUAUUGGUGUGCCAGAACGUACGGCAACAUUUACAACAUUUUAAAUAAUGUAAUGACCUACUAGAAGCAAUAAGAAAUGUAAUUUAGUUCAAAAUAGGGACGAUUGGCUCUGCUCCUACAGAGGGACUGAUCCCUAAAAUGAGGGGAGCUUAGGGAGUAUGAUUAUAAUAUAUCUAUGCCAUGGCUUGGAAAAUGAUUAAAUAGCACUUUGUAGAUCAGGUUGUGUAGUUAUCUUGUUUUCUUAUAAAAAAAUAAAUAUAUUAUUAUGCCCCUGUAAUCCGUAUCAGAACAUGAUCAAAUGAUUCUGUCUUUGGGGAUUCAAGCAUAUAUAAUGUUUACUUUAUCUGUUACUUUGUUGUAUAGAGCAUUAACACAGAGAGACUGGCUGGUUCAGUUUUGUACCAGAACAAAUCAUUUAAUUUCUAAACUGUGGAUGUGUUUGUACUGAAUAUAAUAAAUGGAUAUAGAUUUCUGUUGUUUUCUGUUUGUUCAGACCAAAGUCCUUCGUUUACUGAAACCUCAGCGUUAACUUCCCCAUGUUCCUUCUCAUACUAAUCCCUCCAUUCAUUGUACACUCGGUGAUAACUGCCCGACAUUCCUUCACAUACUUAUCCCUCCAUUCAUUGUACACUCAGUGAUAACUGCCCCACAUUCCUUCACAUACUUAUCCCUCCAUUCAUUGUACACUCAGUGAUAACUGCCCGAUAUUCUUUCACAUACUUAUCCCUCCAUUCAUUGUACACUCAGUGAUAACUGCCCGACAUUCCUUCACAUACUAAUCCCUCCAUUC